AUGUGGUGGCAUAUUAGUCAGGUAACUCUCACAAGCAACUUUCACAAGGAUAACUAGUGGCUUGUGAUGGCUCAAAUGCUGCUCAUCACCACAACUUCUCGGGCCUAGAAUUGGUGUAAAGCCACUCUCCAAAAGUUGCCUUGGGGGCUGGGAGUUUGAUCGAGGAAUAGUGGAAAGGGGGCAACUAUUUACCCCUGGACCUGUCAUUUCCCACUCUCAGUUCCUCUGCUGCAUAACUCCCCGCCCCCCCCCCCCCGGGGUGGGAAAACAGGUGGAGGGGAAGUUUUAUGAGUAGAAAAUCAUCCAGAGUGGAAAGGGUUCAAGAAUACUAGCGUGCCUGCACUUAAACCUGAAUCCUCCUGUUGUGAAUGUCAGUUUUGUUUUGUUUUUAAAAGUGCUUAUAUGUGUAGACGCAGUGUUGCUUAGAAAUCCUAAAACCAAGCAAUCAGUACAGUUUUGAAAUCAGUGAUUAAAACCAGUGCAGUUUGAAAGGUUCAGUCUGCCAUCUUGAUUUAAAAUGACAUCCAAUCAUAUCCAGACAUAGACAAAAACCUGCUCUGUGGUCUCGGGAACCAUCUUGCAAAAUUUGGUUGAGGUGUCAAAACACACACACGCACACACGAUAUAUUGCUCAUAAUUAUUUAUUUGUGUCCCACUUUUGUUUUAGAAGGUGCCCAAAGUGCCUUACGGACAUUUUGAGGUGUUUUUUUUAAAAAAACACACCCCACAACGAAACUAGUUUUCCAAAAAAGAAAUGUAAGCAUUUUAGAAAAAAUGUUUUAAUAACAAGCAACAGCAAUUGGCAGAAUAAAACUGAGCACUUAAAAAUAUGCUCUGUGAGGCUAUUUCAAGGCAAUGGUAAUUCUAUGCGCUCUAGGUCUCCUCUGAAUUAGUCUGUGCCAUUGCAGACUGCUCUGUAAAGGCAGCGUUCCAAAAGACACUCAAGUACAUAAGUUUCUGAUCUAAAAUAUGCAUGCUCAUUGUUUAGACGUUGGACAAAAAAGCAUUUUUUAAUUUUUUUAUUUUAGAGACAUGAGAUGUUGUUGUUUAUAAUAAAAUUGGUAACCUACCAACUCGUACCAUUCCUGGACAGGUCUGGUCUGGUCACAGUGGUCUGUCUCCUGUUUGAAUUAUUGUAUCGCAGUAUACAUGGUGCUCCCUAGAAUAUAUCUCAGAAACUUCACUUAAUGCAUAGCACAACUGCCACAGUUGGUAUAGCCAGGAAGGAACAGACAGAAAGCAAUACCAUGCCUUAAAGAACUGUGUGUUUGAUUCCACAGGAUGUGAUGCACAGGCCUAAGACAUCUUUUUAGGGCCACCCAGUUGGAAAAUGCUGGGUUAAGAUGUCUUCGAAUCCCCAUGACUCAGCCAUGAAGCUCACAGAAUCAGUUAUUCUUUCUCAGCCUGGCGUACCUUGCAGGGCUGUUGGGGAUCAGAGUAAAGUGCAUUACCGGGGGGGGGCGCGGAAAUAGGAUGUAAAUUCAAGUAUGUAGUAACUGCAGUCACUACUCUGUGCAUGGUAUCAGAUUUGCCAGAUCAUGGUCCCAGUAGCCUUCUAGAAACAGCAGCUAAAAGGAGGGUAAUUCAAGCCCUCUCGGUAAUCCAACCUUUGCAGGUCCUUGUAUCUGUCUUUUACCAUCCAGAGGUUUUCUUGUCAUCACUCUGCACAAUUUGGCAUAUAAGCAUCCUGAGAAUCUCUUAAGUUGAAUUAAAACUAAAAUCAAGGUUCCAACCUUUAUGACCAUUUUGAAAGCGUAUAACCUAUGUCCAUUGAUUUCAGUGUGUCUACUCUGGGUAUGAUUCAGUUGGAUACAAACUAGUAUUAUUGUGAGGUUGGCAGGCACUGGAUCUGUGAUUUUUUUUUUUUUGUCGUGAAGUCUUGCACUGUUAAGAUUUAAUUCGAUAGUGAGUCUUUUUUGCACCUUGUGCAAAUUUAAAAGGAUCUGUUUUAAUUCUCCUGGAUCCAGCUUUCACCCAGAGCCCCUGGAAAAGCAAAGUGUGUGUAUCCAUGUGUGUGUGUGUGUUUUGUCUGUGUGUGUGUGUGUGUUGGUAUGUGUGCGUGUGUGCACGGGCUUUCUCAUCUCUGUCUGCAGCAGCUGAGUGUGAGAUAAGCAACCAAAGGGGUGAUGCCCAUAGCACUCCUACCAAAUUCCAAAUGUGCCCUCGAGCCCUCGGAAAAGUUGGCAAUUGCUGCUGCGGAAGAGCAAAAAAAUAAAAUAAAAUAAAUUUCAUCCAUCAACUUUGUGACAGCCCUUCAAAUAUUUGAAGAUGGCUAUCAUAUUGCCUUUUAAUAAUCUCCAGGCUAAACAUUCAAAGCUCGUGGCCAGCAUCCCACUGUGCGGCAGCCGUUUAAAUUAUGUGCUCUGAUGAAAUAUAUGGCAUUCGCUUUCACAAGACUGCUGUGCGGGUUGGCUUUCUUGCAUGCCACUGCAAGUGGGGUGUUUUUUUAAAGCUUUGCAAUUAUGUGCAGUAAGCUGUUUCAUGUGAAGGUGCUGGCACACCUGCAUGCUGGCGAGAGGUGAUGGUGUGGCUCAGAUCUACAUUAUUCACCAACUUAGGGAUGGGGGAGAAAUUUGAUUUAGUUCACAUUUAAAGAGGUUUUCCAAACAGUAUGUGAACUGGAACCCAGCCAUCCUUCAAAAUUUGCUGUUUUCUGACUUUUACAGUGCGGUUAUCAAGCCAGGUAAUGUGUAGGGAAAUGUGUUUCUUAGGGCAGAGUGUGCCUGUAGUAGUGAAAAUAACACUUAAAAUGCUGAAAUAGCUCACUCAGUAGAGUAUGAGAUUCUUAAUCCCAAGGGCCAUGGGUUCAGGCCCUACACUGGGCAAAAGUUUCCUGUACUCCGGGGGGUGGAGUGGGUGUUGUGACUCUCACAAUCCCUUCCAACUCUAAAAUUAUAUGAUUCUGUUGGGGAAAUGGCUUUGCAAAAAGGUGUACACCUGGCAAUACUGCAUACAAAAAUGUGUUUGCUAGGAGAAGUUUGCACUAAAAUACUGAUGAAUUUUCAUGAGGAUUCACGAAUUGCUGCAGGAAUGUGGAGAACUGAAUCACGAGGAUGGAGAAGUGAGGAACUGAGGUGGGGCAGAUUAAUCUACCCCCUACCCCUAACUUGUGGCUUUUGUCCCAGCUUGCCUGGCUCUUUCAAACUGCCAAUGGAUUGUGCAUGUAACCAUCUCUAUUUCCCCUCCCCCCUCUCCUUUCAGACUGAAAACUACUCUUUUGAUUCCAACUAUGUGAACAGCAGAGCUCAUUUAAUAAAAAGGUAUGUAGGGUGUUUGUUUGCUUUCUAUGGGGUGGCAGUGGGGGGGCAGGGUGGGGAGAAGUACUUAGUUUUAAACUGAAUUCACAUUGUCUAACUCUUUACUUCCCCCAUUAUUUUCUGCUCAUUUAGUGUGUACAGAAUCUGUUCAUUUGAAACUCUCUCUCUCUCUCUCUCUCUCUCUCUCUCUCUCUCACACACACACACACACACACACACACACCCCAGCAUUUGCAUCCCAUUAAAUUCUCACUGCUUUGGCCUUUAGUUUACACACACACACACACACACCCUUCUCCAAUGAGCUGUGCCUCAUUCAUAUAGGAAAGUGAGCAUACAGUUAGGCAGAACCCUGUUACCCUGACAACUUAUAAUUCAUAGAGUUUGUUCUCUUUCAAUGCACAAGAAUAAAAUGAUAGAUGUGGAUGAAGAGAGCUCCCUGGCAUAUCAGGAGAGAAAAGGAACUUGUCGGGGGUGGGGGGAGGUAAGGCAGCUGAGCUUGGGAUCCCCCCCCCCCCCGCAACCACUCUUUCCCCGCUUGAAGUUUGAAUUGCAAAUAAAAAUACACACAUUUGUAUUGCAGUUCAUUCCCAUCCCCCAUACUCCCCUCCCCUCGCCCUCUUUAUUAAAAUAAAUCUAUCCUUGCCCUGGCUUCAUCCAAGCAUAAACUCAGGAAUGAAUUUGGUCCCCAGUGAACGUGUUGACAAUAAUUACUAACAUUUCAGAAGCACUUCACAGCGGACAAAAAUGCAUUCUAAUUCUCCCUACCUUUACCCUCGUUACAAUGCUUGUGGCGUAAGUCAUGUGCACCGGAAUCAAACUGGUAAAUAGUUGGUUUUGGUUUUGAUUCCGUUUCUGCCAGCAAGAACUUAUUGGCCUGGCAUAGAUGUUUUGCUAAAUGGUUGCUUAGUGUGCUGAUAAGAAGCAUCAGCAAGCCCUUUGGUGGGGGGUGGGGUGUUCAACUAGUUAGUCCUGUUAGUGGAAGGCCAUGCAAGGACUUUCUCUACAGCAGUGGUUUCCCUCAGUUCUUCUCCCCUGUGGGCCCACUGCAGCCCCUGGGAAAAAAAGAAUCCAGAACAACAUAUGGAAUCUUCAAGAUGAAAAGCACCUUUGUCAUAGCACUAUGUUGAAUUCCUUCCAUAGGUUUGUGUGAUCCCCACUCUUUCUCCAGUGUGCUGAAAAGAAGGAGUUUAGAAGGGUUUGCUUCCAGUUGAGAUUAAUCACAGCUUGCCUACGGUUUUAUCAGAACUAUUGUUAAUGUAAAUUUGGGGUAGCUAAUAUGGUGUCCUUCAGAAUUUGUGGACUCCAGCUCCCAUUAGGGGUCAGGGAUAAUGCGAGCUGUAAUGCAGCAACAUAUGGAGGGCAGCACAUUGCCCACCCCUGAUCUAUGGUUAUUUGAAACAAGUCACCUUCAAAACAUGGUUUGUGGUUGUUUAAACAAACCACAGUUAAUACUGAUCACAGUUUACGAUUCAGAUGACAUGCUAAACUAUGGUUAAUCUAAAUCAGGAAGGAAGGCUUCCAAUCUAUUCCUUGUGGCUGUCGACAGAGGUAUGUUAGUAACCCAUGUGAUCAGAGAACAUCAAGGCAGUUUAGGAGGAUAACAGUGUUACAUGUUUUUUCUUCUUUCUCUUCCUUGCUGUACCAUGCAAGCUCUAAUUUCACUAUGUUAACUUCAUUUUUAGUUUUAAAAUAUAAUUCUGUGCAUUGGUGUCAUUCAUAUGCAGCCAAACCCUGCUGUUGUUUUGGUUAGCAUUACCAUAAGACUUUGGAACCCAUUUCUCUGCAGUUGUUAUGCUUCCGAAUGCCAGUCGCAAGAUGCAAAAACCCCAUUUCACUGCUGAUUCAGAGAAAAUGGCAAUCUGCAGAAACCCCAAUUUAUGUUUGCUCCAAUUCAGUGGUAAAACACAGGUUUUCCCAGGAAAAGUGCUGGGGCAUAAAUACCUACUGCUUGGAUUUGGGCUUGGAAAGCCCAGACCUGUGCCUAGAAAAUGUGGAACAAAGGUGCGGAUGAGCCCUACAGUGCAGACUUUGCCACCCAUUGCACUAGUGGGUGCCCUUAUGCCAGCUUCCACUAGCAGUGCUUGUUAGUUAGAUCCUGCUCAUCAUCUUAGAAGGGGAAUUUCUUGUAGCUUCCCACAUGGAAAGGAGCUCUGUUUUUUGAAGAUGGUGCUUGCCACCUGCUGUUUUUACCAGGGCCAGCUCCUGCACAAAGUGCUCUCUGGAACAAAGGAAGCUGCCUUGCUUUGAGUCCAAACUAUAGGUCCAUCAACCUCAGUAUCGUCUACACUGGCUGCCAGCAGCAGCUCGCUAGGAUUUCAGAGUCUCUCCCAACCCCUCGUCCUACCUGGAGAUUGAACCAGGGACCUUUUGCAUGCAAAGCAGUUGCUCUAACAUUGUGCUAUGGUUCCUCCCUAAAGGACUUUAUGGAUCCAUUCCAUGAGAAGUUAAUAGGGUAGCUACAACAAGCUGGCUGGUGCUGCCUGGAAAACUGGACUGGGCAUUCUCAUUUUAAUGAAGUAAACUAUGGCAGGCAUCAGUGAACUGUGCUGUGCUGCUGGGGCCCUGGCAAUUGCCUGUUGUUGAUGCCAGCCAUGCACAAAGCAUGCAUCUCUCUCUCUCUCUCUCUCUCUCUCUCUCUGUGUGUGUGUGUGUGUGUGUGUGCGUGCUUGCAUUAUAUAGGUAGAUCAACCAAUAGAUUGAUAGAUCAAUAGAUAUGCUUGCAUUAAAUAUAGUAACAAAAAAAAAUUCUGCCUAAUUAACUGGAAGCUGCUUUUUGUCUAUCAAAAUUGUUUUUAAAUUGAUUGUUUCCAUUGAUCAAUUGGUUAAACACUGCAGCCUUAAUUACAACUCCCGUUUUAAGCAUUGAAUUGUUGAGGGGAAACCCACUCAGGAACCUUUUGGUCCCUUUCCCAAUUCUAUGAUUCUAUUAGCUUGCUAGAAUCAGUGCACCCAUGAGGACUUGACGAUCGCACAAUGGGUUCUGUGCAUUUUGUUACAUCCUUUCAGAGGAUCUGAUUAUCCCCUUGCCCCAAAGCUCCCAUUUUGUAAAAGAGAUAUAAGGAGUAUGGCAAUUAUGAGCAUGUCAUGUAGACAGCUUCCAUUCAGACAAGGAAAUGAAUAUUUUUUUGUCUGCAUUGCUCAUGAUAUUCAACCACAAUCUUCUAAUUGCUGUGGUAGAGAAAAUUGCGGCCUGCAUCGUAUUGUUCAUUGCAGUCCAAUAUGGAGUUUGUCCUUUCCGUAGAAGAAAUCUAUUCAUGUCUUUUGCUUUGCACCUAGCAUUAAACUAAACUGACAGUUUGGUGGUAGUUUACUGUGAUUUGGUGGAAGAAUUAUUUAACUGCAGAAAAAGCUUUCCACACUUUGGGAAAGGGACUAAAGAGAGAGUCUGGUAUUGUAGGUUGACAUCUUGCAUCAUGGGCAUUGCUUCUGCUAAAAAGGCAAAUGUAUAUAUAUAUAUAAAGUACAGAUUGCCCAGAUGUUUGAUUAUAUGGAACUUGGUGUAUGCAGCUCUUUCUCCCUGCCUCCCUCCAUCCCUGCUUCAUAGCCUUGGAAGUGAGACUAAGCAGAAAUUCGGGAGCCAGAAAUCAAGACCUGCGACAAAGGCAUCAGGACCAUGGACAGAGUACAGGGGAGCUCUAUGGCUACAGCCAGCAAGCAGGGAUCCUUACGUGUUUCUCUGAUGUUGUCUGCCUGUGGACCAAGUCUGUCCUAGAAGCUAUCCCAGUUUGGUCCGCCAGGCUAUUCCUGGCAAAUUAUACCCAUCUGCCCCAUACCUGAUGUCAUGUGUGAUGUCUAACCGGGACAGGUUACCAAUGAGCCUUCAAAGGAACACUUGAAGCUGCUGCUGUGAUUGUUCCUUUGCUGGAGCAAGGUAUGCUAAAGCAGACCCCUGUUCCCUUCACAGACCUACAAUUCCCAGAGUGGUUUAACAGUUUAGCAGUCAAUUCUUCACAGGCAACUCUGGGAAUUGCAGGUCUAUGAGGGGAAUGUGGGAGUACCCUAACAACUCUCAGCACCCUUAACAAUCCGUGGGUCCCAGGAUGCUUUGGGGAAAACCAUGAUUAUUUAAAGUGGUAUGAUAUUGCAGAUGGGCCUUGGGCCAGUCACCACCUCUUAGCCCAACCUACUCAUAGGGUAGUGUGAGGAUAAUAUAGAGAGGGGAAGAGCUGUAUAGCUCACCUUGAGCAGCUUAGAGUAAAGAUGGUAUAUAAAUGCAAUAUUAGAUAGAGAUGGCUCCAUAUGCUUGAUCUGCAAAGAGAAUUCCUGAUAAGUCAAGGGAUAAAGCCGAGGAAAAAAGAAAAAAGAACUGCAUCCAAGGGGUGCUGCUGAAAGUCUUGCCCUAAUGAAUGUCAUGAGCAUGAUGUAUUCAUCAGAGAGCUGAAAUGUCAACUAUUAAUCCUCCGGUGUGUUUUUAAUCCAGCAAAACGUCGCUGUUUGGAGAAGUGUGAUUGCUGCCUUAACUUUGUGGUGUGAAUCUCAAAAUCCUUACUUUUUAAUUAAUCUGUUUGGUCUUUCUGAAUUGAUUUCUCCCUCGCCUCCUGCCUCCUGUGCAUGCUGGCUAAAUCCUAGGUUUAAAGGGCUUCUGCAGGGAUGUCUUUAUUUUAAAAGGCUGCAUUUGAAGGUGUUCCCGUUUUCGUGUGUCUCAGCCCAGGCUUUUCUCUCUCCUCUUUCCUGCAUGCUGUUCUUGGUUCCGCACAACAUCCCAUGGUCGGUGGUCCACUUGGUUUCCAUGGAGACCUGAAAAGGUCUUUGCAAACAGAUGCAUGCAUAAUUCCCCAAGGCUUUGAAGUGUGAGCCAUUUCCAUGGCCCUCUUGUCCUGGUGGCCAGCAAAGAAAUUUGCCAGGAAGAAUUGCUGGCUGGUUUUGGGUUUUUUGCUAACCUGUUUGAUCAUGUUAGGAAGGGAAUGUCCAAACAUAUUUCAAUAUGACAGGAGGCAACACUGGAGGCAGGGGGGAUUUCAGUCACCAUCAUGCAAGCAUAGGAUUGGUGACUGGUUAGCUGGGACCAUGUGGGGAGGACAGCUAGACAUUUAGCAAUCUGCUAACCAGUCAGGAACAUUACACUUGCUUGGUCGCUGACUGAGGAGCCCAUUGUGUUCACCAAUACCUGAUCUCUCUUAAUAGCAAGACUCAAAACUUCUGUUCCUCCUAAGUCAUCCUGCAGGAAGGGUCUUGUUGUUCCUACUAAGAAACUGUUUCACUGGCUUCCAGUGUCUAGCUGCCUUCAACGCAGGGUCUUCUAAUUUUCAUGGUUUAUUCCAAACCUCCAGAAAGCAAAACUGUGUUUUAGCUACUUCCACAACAGCUUUCUGUGGUCUGCCAGUUGAACUGCAGCUCUGAUCACCUCUGGCCAUUGGUCAUGUUGGCUGAAGGUGAUGGGAGUUGGAGUCCAACAACAUUCAAAGGGCCACAGUCCCCCCCCCCAAAAAAGAAAUCUCUAUUAGAGAACUAAAAAAGGAAAGUUCCUGAGUUUAAAUUGGAUGUUGGCUGUAAUAAGACGAGUGGGGAAGUCCUUCUCAGGUAGCUUCCACAUAUAAAGCAAACAGGAAAGAGGAUUUUGACUUAACCUUAAGAAGAAAUUAUUGACCGUGUGAGUUGUUCAGUCAUGGAGCAGACUGCCUCAGAAGGUGGUGGGACAGGUUUUUAAGCUAAGAGGUGAGGAACCUUUUUGUAUCCACAGGCCAGAUCUUUAUCAGGAUCAGCCUUGCAGGCCAAAUUUGACAGCUUUACAAGUCUCCCCACUCUUCUUUUAAACUUCUGAUCUCAGUACUUUAAAAAGAGAGUAUGGUGAGACUUGCAAAGUCUUAUAAUUUAAAAUUUAUACAUUAAAUCAAGGGUGGGGAACCUGCUCCUCUUCCAGAUGUUGCUGGUCCUGACCAUUGACCAUGGUGGCUGGGGAUGGUGGGAGUUGGGAGCCCAACAACAUUUGGAGGGACUAGCAGAGAUUGAAGCACUAUGCAAUAUGUACUGCAGGGCUUGGAAAGGCUAGGAUUGAGUAUCCUUCCUUACUAACUGCCUAUGUGUGCCCUGUCUGCUGUAUUUGUGGUUGAGAAGCCAUUUCUUGUCCAUUCUGGUUGUUCAGCUGGAGAUCCUUGGGCUUUUGCCUAGCUUGAGUCACUGGGAGCAGUGCAAGCCCCAGUGCUGUUGGAGUUGUGAGGGUUAAACUUUGGCUUUGCCAGCUUCAAAGCAGUGAAUUGUAGUAGUUUAUUUCCUGACUCUCUCUCCAGACUUAUGGAACUAUGAGUUGAUUCAGCAAGACCGUGGUUCCCCUGAAGCAGUGUCCUUAUAGAACAGCCUUUCCCAACCAGAUGCCCUUCAGAUGUUUUAUUAUUAUUGCAUUGGUCCAUUGAGCUCGGCAAUGCGUACAUUGACUGGCUGCAGCAAUCCAAGGGGUUUCAGACAGGGGCCUUUCUCAGCCCUACUUGGGAGAUUCCAGCAUUUGGACCUGGGACCUUCUAGCAUGCAAACCAGAUGCUCUAUCACUGUCUUUGGGCUUUCCUUAUAUUCUUAUGGCACCAGGGACUGAAGCUCUGGCAGCCAUCAAAGGUGACAGUGCUGGAUGCCAUGGUGAUGGGAGAGGGUGGGAAGAGCAGGAAAAUCUCAGUUGAUCGGUAGACUGGGCCUCUUAUGCCAUCAGACAUGGGAUCCCCCGCAAUGGAGAGUGUGGCAAAGGAAGGGGGGGGGGGAAUAAGGCAAAGCAGGUCUGAAACCAGUCUUCUUGCAGCAGCUCUGCAUGCCUGACACAGGAGUUUUGGGCUGGUUUCUUCUUUCUCAGCCCUUUGGAUGAAUUCCUGACUCGCAUUUCUCAGGCCACAAGCACAAAGCCCAUGGCAGGUGCAUGCAACACCAUGUUCCUUGCAAAUUGCCUGUUGCGAAAGAUAGUCUUACAAGGAUGUGAACAUUUAAAUAUUGCAUCUGUUCCGUGGGUUCCUUGCUCAGCUGCCGUGUCCUGUUAGGUGUUUCCUGUGCAUUUAGUAACCUAGCCCGGGAGUUCUACUUAAGCAUACCUCGUAAUGUUCAGCUGCACUUCACUAGCAAUCACAGGAGACCUCUAUUUCUGUGCCAUUGCAGGAGUUCAGAGAUGUACAUCUUGUGCUGAGCUGAAUAGGUUGGAUUGUUGUUGUACUUUGUCUCUUCCGAUUACUCUGCUCUUACAGAGAAGGUGCUCCUGUGCCUUCCCUCCCACCCCAAUAUUGCCUCUAGUGGAGCUCUGGCUGUGAUCUGCUCAAGCUUCCCUCCUUGUCCUCACUUUGUUCUGCAAGCUACAACGCAGCUUAGGCUCGCAGGAGGAUAAGAGCAAGAAUCUUCUCUAAUUUUCUGCACACCUUGGGGGCUGCCUCCAGUUCUGACUGCCUUGUUGAAUGCCAAGCGCCAAGAUCAAUGAGUUGGAGUGGCUGCUCUCUUGUACUGGAAAUAGCCCCCUUGUGACACCCUGGUGGAGAAAGCUUACCUUGCUCCCUACGGGAUGGUGGGAAUGCUGCAAAUCCUGCCUGAGGCUUUUGACACCCUCUGAGCCGUGGGGGUGCUUUGUGUUUUCAGACACAGCUCUGCAGAGUAAAUCACUCUUCUUUCUUCCACCCAGCAGUUCGACAUUCAAAGAUCUGGAGGGGAACAGCCUGAAGGACAGCGGGCAUGAGGAGAGUGACCAGACAGACAGUGAGCAUGAUGUCCAGCGCGGGCUGUACUGUGACACAGCUGUCAACGAUGUUUUGAAUACCAGCGUCACCUCCAUGGGGUCUCAGGUUCCUGAACAAGGUUUGUUGUGUCAGUUAUUUUACAAAUGCUACUUGUGAUUAGUUUGUUUUUUUAGAGCACACAGGACCCAUACAGAUAGCCUGCUGUUGCUUGUGAGCUGUUUUGCCUCUCCUUUGCCCUGAGCCCAUUGAUGGUGCUGCUAUGGAAUGUUUGUGAACAUUCUGACUGCUCAAGGAGAAGGUGCCUGCAAGUGACCAUUAAUGAAAACAAUGCUGUUCUAAGGAAGGAAGGGAAAGGCCUGUGGAAAAGGCUCAUGACAGACCUGCAGGCAGCAAGGGUUGUUGGCAGGUAGGUUAGUGGGGAAGAGAGUGACAUUCAGGAGGUGUGAAGCAGAAGACAUGGAAACGAGUAAACCAAAACCAAAAGGAGAAAGGACUGUUAGAAAAAUAUGUCUUCUGAAUAUCACAAUUGAUCAUUAAGCUAACCCACAUCUGCCUGCAGAUUCUGGCCUGUUUGUGAUUUGACCCUGUAGCUUAAGAAUAAUGUGAUGAACUAAAAUUGUCGGACAGUUGUCUAUGCCACACGAACUUGCUGUUCCAGGAGAUAUUUGCGUUUACCUAACACACAUUUAUGUGAUGUCUUUUAAAAAGCUCACUACAUUUUUACAACUAUGGCAGUGGUGGCAUCCAGGAGGAGUCAUGCUGGGAGAAGCAUGACCAAAACAACAACAACAAAACCACAUCACAAAAAAGGUGUGGGGGGGGGGAGGAACAAAUGUUUUGCGCAUAUGCUGAUUUAUAUCCCUGGAUGCAAAUUUAGACAUAGCUGCUGUAAUUUAAAUAGGAAUACAACACAUUUCCUUGCAGUGGGGAAUACAGUAACAGACCUGCAGACUGUUAAUGGGAAAUGUCAAGGCCCCCCCUGCCUCCUUCUUAACUUUAAACUGAACUUGGACUAGACCAUUCCUUAAAGAGACAACUGUCAUCUGCAAACUAGGAUACAUUGUCACCCUAGCUGCCAGGAGUCCUUUGUUUCUCAAAAAUGUUCUAUCUGCUCUGGAAACUGUUCCACCUCUUACCUAGGACUGAAAGAGAUCUACUCAGUGCAUGCUCAGGGGCACUUUCCUCUUUAUUUUUGUGCGCCCCGAGUGUGAAUCCUGACACUCAGACUGUUUCUGGCAUGAAUCUCUGCUUGCCUGUAUUCUGUUUGUCCUUCGGGGCCUCUCUGUCCUUUCCUUUGAUGUCCCUCAGGCAUUGAUGGCUGGGAUCCAGUUCUUCCAGACUGUGUCUAUAUGAGCAAGAACGCUGUCAGAGACUGAAAAUGCACAUCCAUUCAUAAAAAGAGAUGCUUUAGAAGUGUAAAGCAUCUGUUUCUCAUCCUGACAUGAUGUUUUGAAACUGUUCUUCAUGCCGCUUGACAAAUGAUGUUGGUUUGACCUGUUGCAAAAUGUUCUUCUCGUAACUGGAAGUCCCAAGUGAUCAAUUUUGCCUGCUGCAGAGGCGUUAUACAGCUCAGCUCAGGACCUUUUCUGAAUCUGGUUUCCUCCCUUGGCUGUUGCAACUUUAGAUCUUGCUGGAAGAGGUUCAGAGAAGAUGAGGAAGUGAUUUAUAAACAUGCAUUUUAGGGGAAUAUGUGAACUGCAUUGUGCUUUGCACAUGCCCCUCUCCAUCUUCCAUCCAUCCAAGCAAAAGAGAUUAACACAGCCCAAGGGCACUCAAGUGUGGAGCAGAGCCAGUGAAGGGGUGUGGCCUCUAGGGAGGGGGUGUGGCCUUGGAAGUGCUAGUGUGGGCUGGGAGGGUCCGGGAUGGAGUGACCUGGACAAUCGUGUUUGGCUCCUAAGCCUGAGUUUCCCACCCCAAUAUACAGAAACAGCAAACUUAGCUGCUGAAUUAUGAUGGCUAUGUAGCCAGAACAGGUGUAGUGAGAAACAAGAAGGAAGCAUUGGCAUGAGAGCAGGUUUGCAGAAGUACAAAAAAAUGUUUGUGUGUGAGGAAUCUAAGGAGUGCCCCACAGAAAACCACCCCAUUGAGGAGUGAGCGAUGUUCAAUGACCACAGAAUAUUGGAUGUCUUGUGAAGUGGGGGUAGAGGAGAGAAUUGAAUAGUGUCCUGAAAGAAGGUGUGGCUUGCUAAAUUGGGAUCAUUAGCCACUGCAACUUUUUGUUGCAGAUCCCAGUUAUGAAAUGGAUUCUACGACUCAGGUUUUGAAUGAGAAGUGAAAAAAAUAUGCCAUCUCCAUAUUUUUCUUUUUCUAGCAAUCUGCAUAGCUUGAACUUCAUAGGUACUAAGAUCCUGUUUUCCAUCUCAUCCAGACAUGCCUUAACAGUUCUGAUCUGCAGACAAUUUGUAACCCAGGCACAAGGCACACACAUUCCAACCCCACGUAAUUUGUGCGGUGGAGCACAUACAUUUUGACAGUAGGGGUGAGGGACAUGCAAUUCCCUUCUGUUUCAAAGCUUCAGUAUUUCCGUGUAAGAAUUAACUCCACGGAAACUGAACAUUUAGAAGACUGGAGGAAACCACUGGUUUUACAAAACAGGGAUUGUUAUAAAAUAGGCUUUCACCAUUUUAUUAGAAAAGCAUCUACAAUAGGAAUCUACAAAAAGAUGAAGUUCUCCCCAGAAAUUGGAAGUUGGUCAUCUUUCUUUUUUUUUUAAAGAAAACCCAUAAACAAAACAAAACCUAAGCAUUAAAAAACAACACCUCUUGUAUAAAAUGGAGGGAAGCAGAUAUGUGAGUGCAUGUACGAGUUAAAGAUCUACCUCAGAUCAGCUAACUCCCUCCAAGAAAGAUUUCUUUAAAAAGAGGACUCCCCCCAUCACCAAUGAGUUUGCCUUUCCUGUCUGUGGGAGUGCCACUUCUUUUGUGAUUUCCUGUCUUUACUUGAAACUAUAAUGAAGAGCUUUCAGUCAACAAGAUUAAGCUCGCAGAACCAUUUUGAGUUUCUCAUGGGGUUGGGGGAUAAGAUUAACUGCAAGGCUCAAAGGCCUACUCUUAGAUCAACUCAAGAUUAAAUUACAAAGGAAGUGAUGCAUUUUAAGAGAUUUGUUGUAGUUAUUGUUUAUACCAUAUAAUAACCAGAGUUAUAUGUGCCCUCGAGGAAUAAUUCAAUCUGAAGCAAGAAGAUGGGGGGUGGAGGAGGAGGAAUUAUCCAGGGCCUGCAAACAUUAAGUGUCUUGCAGGAUUGUCAAGCCAAUAUUUGUAAUUACCAGGGCCCUGCCCCUUCCUUUCAGCAUGAUACAAGGCAUGUCUACUUCAAUCGUGGCUGGUGCCCAUUGGGGCUGCUAGGGCAGCAGGCAGGGAUCCUAGCAGUAGGUAAAGACAGAGCUAAUGACAGGCCAAGCCAAUUAAUUAUAGCCAGGGCUUUUUUUCAACUGCCCGGAACUCAAUUCCAGCACCUCUCAGCUGGGUGCCAUUGCCACUGCCAUUAUGAGAGAACAAGGGAGGUGUUCAUUGUAAGUUCUAGUGCCUCUUUUUCUAGAAAAAUAGUACUGGUUAUAGCUUUAUUCCCAUCCUCCACCAUCCACACUAAGCUUAAAGAGAAGGAAGCUGACAGGCAGUGCUGUCCUUAGACUGGGUUGUAAGUAAGAAGGCAGAUGAAUGGGAGCUACCUGAGAGCAGAGUGAGGUUGGUGGAGCAGUGCCCUCAUUUGUCCUUAUAGAGCAGCCUCCACUGGUCUGCUUGGAAGAAUGUUCCAGUAGUGUUCACUCAUGCUUACUCCCAGGGAAGCACAAAUAGGUUUUUAACCUUAGGCUCCCUUUCAUUUGGCUGUGGAAUGCAUGACCUCUGGGAAGAUGUGACCAGGUAAUACAUUGGUGUGUGGCUUGUGAGUCUCAGCCCACCUAAAGGACUGCCUCUCCCCAGACUCUGCAGUCAUCCUCUGAAGCCCUUCUUCGUGUGCCUCCUCCACAAGUGGUCAGGAAGGUGGCAACAUGAGAAUGGGCCUUUUUCUGUGACAGCUCCAUGUUUGUUGAAUGCUCACCCCGGGGAAUUUUCACUGGUGCCUUCAUUAUACAUCUUUAGGUGCAAGGCAAAAAUGUUCCUCUUCAACCAGGCCUUUGGCUGAUAAUAAUUAUUUUUUAUGUGAAUUUAUUCUGUAUUCUUAGCUUGUGAACCACCCUGAUGUCUUCAGUUGAAAGUAUAUAUAAAGUAUAUAAAGUUUAAUAAUAAUAAUAAUAAUAAUAAUAAUAAUAGAUAAAUACUGAUCAUUGAACACAGGAGGAUAUUUCUCUGAACAACCCUUAUGGCUGUGGGUAUAGCAUGGUAGCUAAAUGGCAGCUGGAUUAGGUUAGAUCCACCACGACUGUUCUUAAGUUUCCAUUGUCUCUUAGGAGAACCCUCCUCUCCUGAUAAUUUCUUCAGUACCCGCCCUGGGAAAAAUGACAGCCCCACCAAGGAGGAAAAGCUGGCUGUGACCUAGGGAAUCAAAGGGCUUCUUUCCCACACCGUCCAAACAGCAGAAUGCUCCUUGCCUGAAGGAGAGGAAAGGUGCCUGAAACCUCAAUUCCUGGGGUAUUUUGGUGACAUGACUUCAGUUGACCCUGUAAAACUUUCUAAAUGGGAGUCCAUGGCCAUUACUUUCCAAUUUACCACCACCAGCCAUGCUUAAUGGGCAAGCUGCAAGAUCUCCUGUAAUAAUGUAUUUUCUGGACAGCCUUCUUAUGGGCAGAGAUGAGAAAAUUAAACAUUUAUAGAUUUGUGCUAUGGAAGUUUAAAUUCUUUCCAGACCUAGACUGUUUCUGAAAUAACUUAGCAUUUAUUAUUCUCCUCUAAGAAAGGAAGGAAAAGUCUUUUAAAAAAAGAAAAGUUGGUGGGAGGGGGAGGGAGCAGGGAGAUUGGGUCAGUGCCAUCAGACCUCGAGACCCAAGCUGGUUCCUCAUUUUGAGUAAGGUGCGCUCAGAGGGGAAACUUCUCCCUGAGUGGGCUCACCUCCUUGGUAUUGUCAUUCUUGCCUCUUGGGCUUUUCCUCUAGGUUUAAACUCACCUCAAGGGGAGUGGAGACGGCUGCGUCUUGCUUCUGUUACUUUUUGCAAACUUCCUUUGCUGUUGCAAAUUGUGUUGAACAGCAAGGAAUUUGUAAACUAUCUAGGGAGUUUGCAGAAGGCAACAGAGAAAUUAACAUUAAAACUAUGAAGGAUUUGGAUGGGCCUUUAAUGAGUUUUCAAAAAGGGUCACAAAUAUGACUGCCGAUGACCCGCUUCUGACCGAGAUAUAUGAGCUGACUGUAGCUAUUGACUGGUAGGAAGGUAUUUAUUUUCCAUGCUCAGAAACACUCUUGUUGCAUCUCCUCCUCCUCCUCCUCACCUCCGUCUCCCAACCCCACACCUGGUGUUUCAUGAUUGGUUUCUUCCACUGAUACUUUGGUAGUAGUUUUUUUUAAAAAAUGAAGCACUUGUGAGAUUAUUGUAGAGCUACUGGGUUAGAAACUGGAGUUGCAUAUCUGGGGAAACCUGUUUUGUAUUUUUAAGAGUUUCUUCAUGAGCAUGGAGCAAGUUGUCCUUUUUUGUGCAUACUACUUUUACAAGUGAGACCUGCAAUAAAAGGUUGCAGUUCACCACCAGCCAUUACCUUCUUCACAGUACUCCAUUACACCGAACCUCUCACCUGAUUUUCACUCUCUCCCAAUCAAUCAGCAUUUCAUGGCGAUUGAGCAUGCUCAGGUCUCAUUGGGCUGUUUUUGAGGUUCCGUUGCUCAUAUUUCCCCCUCCACUCUAAAGCUGUUUUGUAAUUCUGAAAGCCUUUCAGUUCUCUUGAGUCUGUUGCUACCUCCCUGGACAUUGGAAAUGCAUUGCAUUUACGUCAAUGGAAGCAUCGUUUGUGGCAGUCUCCUCCAACCUCCAGGUGUUUUGGAUUACAUUUCCCAUCAUCCCUGACCAUUGUCCCUGAUGCCUAGGGCUCAAGGGAGUUGUAAUCCAUUGCAUCUGGAGGACACCAGGCUUGGGGAAGCAGGUUUGAUUGUAUGGCCAUCUGGAACGUUGCAGGACAAAGAACCCAGAGAGAACUGUGCACAUUAAUUCCACCAAUCCAGAAGGGCUUUGGACUUUCCUCCAACAUGCCAUGAGUUGCUUCCAGAACUAAUUCCCUCCGUGCUGUGCCUUUUUGUGCUUGUGAACAAAUAUUUCAUCAUGAAGCGAAAGCACCUGUAAAUUGAAGCUGCUGACGGGUCUCAAAAGCUUUCCCAUAAGAACUGCUACUGCUGCUGUCUCUCAGCUAAUAUUGCAUAGAGGAGGUGCAAAACACUUUAAUGUAUUCCGUGCAAAUAUUAUGUAAAUUACAUUUUGGUGUGAAUGAGAUAUGCAAAUACGCUGUGCUUCUGCAGACUCUUACAGCUUUCUAACGGGAACCUGGGUGGCGAUCCCCAUUGCCCUCACCUCCUUUCAUCUAACUGCUGCUCUCAUGACUCUGAAUCCAGAAGAUCUGCAUAAAGUACUUUUUUAUUGCCAAGCACAGGUGUGUUCACAAUACAGUAGAGUCACAUCUUCAGUGGAGGUUAAGUUCCAAGGCCAGCAGGUAAGGCAGAAAUUACAUAUAGCCAAAAGUAUCUUACCAGAUUUUCAAAAUUACAUCAUUUGCAGCACCUCCCUUGGUCCCAGUGCUGGCAGACAAGGCAGUGGGAUGUCCUGUGGGGAGGGCCUUCCCUGUGUCUCUGCUGCCUCCCCUCACUCCUCCACAUGCGAGUGACUAGCAGAAGUGAGGAAGAGGGAGGUAGAAAGAAGAAAAAGACUGGAAUGGAUUCUAAAAGUUGAUGGUGGGUUCUUAACUUCUUCCUUUUUUAAAGCUUCAGCAUUCCUUAUUCCUCACUACUCCUGUUUCGUUUUGCUAAGCUGCAUUACAUUAUUCAUUGUUUGUGUUGGUAAAAGGUUGCAUUUUGAAGGAUGUUGGUGGCUGGUUUAUUGGGGUUGAGCGUUUAUGGGGCAAUGUCAUAAUGCAGUGUUGGGUUUAAAUCCUGUCAUCUGCGAACUGGAGGAGAGUGAAUUUGAAAAAGAGGCUGUCUUGUUAAUAUUUUAAGCGCCGAGAGUGAUUUCUGUCUACAAAACAGGUGCUGCAGCUGAGCACGUAUAGUUGAAUUUGCAUAAGCUUAAAUGUGUGUAUGAUGCAAGUUGACUGUGGAGUCAGGUGGGCCAGUGUGGGGAAUAACAUGACUGCUUGGAGCUGGAAAGUUAUUAAUCUCAGGGAUGGAGGGGCGUGAAGUGGCAUAAAAUGAUGGCACCUCAAAAAGGGUUAAAGAGAAAUUGGAUUGGAAUCUGGUGCUGGUGGCAGGGAAUUGGCAACCCGCCCCCCAGCCCAGGUGUGCCCAAUUGUCAGUCUUUGGUUUGUAUGCGCCUCCUGAACAAUGUUAUCAGGCUUCUUACUGCUAUAGUAAACAUGUUUUCAAGCUGUAAGACAGAGAGAGAGAGAGUGCUUCCAGCACUUCAAUGCUAGAGCUCUCUUUAUAUGUAAUAUAAUUAAUGUCUGUGGAUGCAACACAAUUAUAUGCUUGAGUGCACAUGCUCCAUAAAGGUUAAGUCCAUACUAUUAAAUGGUGCCAAUUUUAUUACAGAGCUGAUCAUUUGAAGCUCCUGGACAUACUGUCUGGACAGUCAUUGUCCCACAAGAUUAUAUUGAAGUUGGUCAUUUCUGCAAUGGAGGCACACUUGCUAGAAUCCGCUCUCCCACUGCAGUUCUACUUACAGUUUUUCUGCAUUUAGAGUAGCUGGUCUUAAGAGUCAUAGACACAAAUGUAAGACUUCAACAUCCAUGGUUCAGUGUGAAUGAAAGUAAUCAUGUCCAUGAAAAAGAGAAAAAGUAGUCAUGUACAUGUUCUUCUCCAGGCAAUGGACUCAACUAAAUGGGUUUGUAGCAAAAGUAGCAUGAUUUUAGGUAUUUUUUUUUAAAGAGAAGCAGCACAGUGUCAAGCAAAUCCAAAGCGCCAAUAAGGCAAUAGCAAUUAAGGCAAGGUUCUGGUUUUGAUAAGGCAAGGCAAGCUGACCAAUAAGGCAAAGUCAAGGCAAAGCAGGCAACACCCUGGAAAGCUCCAUACACAGGGCUUAUCCACUUGGACAGCAGCCUCUUCAGUUAAAGGAGCCUUCCUUCCUUGAAUAGUCAUUGGCUGUGGUGUAGGAAAGACCUUGCUACAAUGGUGGCUUCUGGGCUAGAGUUCAGGAGAUGCUUCCGAGUCAGCAAGGACACCCCUGGCUGGUUUUGAGUGCAAUUCCCUCCUUCCCAAUUCCAAAUCCAUGGCCUUUAACAUGAUAUCAGUUUACAUUGCGACCACAAUCUGCAGGGGAUCGAUCCCCCAGCUGUCUCAGAUAUGCAGUUGGACAGCUUCAUUGGUAGUGCCCUUAUUUAGGAUUAACCAAUAGUAUCAAAAGGAUGAGAAGGGGAGGGGGAGUCCGAUGAUCAGCUUUCAAGGUAGGGUUUAGAAUCUCCCACUCAAAAUGACAGGUCCAGUCAAGCAUUUUCCCAUUGCAGUAAAUUUUGUGACUGGAAUUAAUGUGCCAUUGUCUGUGCCUUAAUGGAGCAACUCUCGGCCCUGACCCCAAGCACUUGAGUCUGCCUUUACAGGAAGUCUAUGGCUCUUCCCUUUUCUCCUAUUGAAUUAUUGAGGCUUCCCCUCCUCAGUGGAGUCUCUUCCGAGGCAAAGUCUGUCAGUGUGGCAUUACAAAGGGGUGGGGGGAGGGUUGGAGUGGGGAAGGGAGGGGCUCAGAAGCAUCCUCCUGACUUCUGCCGCUCAUCUUAUUUUAGCAGUCGGAAUUGUGCCCAGUCCUUUUAAACUUUUUGAUGGUCUUAAUGAUUGAUUAGAAUGAUUUCAUCAGUUGGAAAGAUUGCUUUUAAUUGCUCUAAUAUGCACCCAAUUUGGAGUUCAUUACUGCACUGAAUUGUUUUCCUUCCCCUGCUAAUUGAUACCAAAUGGAACCCACCGGAACCUGCACUAAUGUGCUGUUCCUUUGGUGUACCUGCCUACAAGUUAAUAAUCUGUUUAUUUCUGAGGGUGCAGAGCUAUCGCUUGGAAUGCACUCAACAUAUUUAUUUACUGGUUCUUUUUGUCAGCUGAACUUUCACGUAGCUGGUUUGUUUGGGAGAAAACAAGGCUCCAGAGAAACCCAGUGCCUUUCUAAGUCUGCUAGGAAUUUGCUCUUUAAAAUGUGUAAUGUAGGAUUUAAAGCUCUUUCCAGCUAUGCAUACUCUGUGCUUUUUGUAAAAAGCAAACAACCCAAAUUUCUAUGCUAAGGUUACCUGGAUUCUGUGCUAAGAAAAUUCAUAUGGGGAAAUGGCCAUAGCUCACUGACAUAAGCAACUGCUUUAAAUGCAAAGGUUAAAUCCCUGGCAUUUCCUGGUAGGGUAGCAGCUGGGAAUGACCCCUGUCCGAAACCCAGGAGAGCUAUUGUUAUUCAGAGUAGACAGUACUGAGCUAGAGGGACCAGUAGUCUGACUUUGUAUAAGGCAGCUUCCUAUGCACCUUUGUAUAUAUUUUGUUUUGCAUAAUUUAGUCUGCUGUGCUAGUCAUAUGGGGAAAGAGUUGGCGAGUACCCCUACAGUACUGAAGUCAGAGGGAAUGGGAAUUGGGGGGGGGGGGGGUUUGUAGAAGGUAGAAGAUUCAUUCCUAUUCAAGGAAUGGCAAUUGCCAGUCCAGCUGUGGUAGUGAUACACAGCUGGGUGCUUUCCAGCAGCUAACCCAGAAGGGCAGAGGAUGAUGCCCCUGAUGGUGUGCUAAAAUACUCCUUCCUACCUCUUUCAACACUACUCCCUCAUAGGGACUGAUCUCCAUGCCCCCUGGACGGGAGCAUAACUAGGGAGAUGGAAAAUGGUACAGGAAAUGGGUGCAACUUGUUGAUGGGGUUCGCAUAUUUGAUGCUAACAAAGCAAGUUUAGGGAGAAGGAAAAGACUGAAUGCCAAUGUCUCUCUGCCUUCUGGAGGCAUGGAUAAAACUAGCUAGGGUGGGACCAAGGGAGGUUCACUGGUGUCUGUGUGUGUGUGUGUGUGUGUGUGUGUGUGUGUAAGUGUGUAAGUAAGGCACACCAUCCUCCACACACAUUAAGGAUAGGUAAACAUCUAUUUGGUGGGCUGUAGCGAUGCCAUUUGAGUACUGAAAGUCAGCUCCUCUCUCUGUGGUCUCUGGGAUCUUGGCAAGCUUCAGUGUCCACUCAAAUACUUGUUUUUGGGUGGGCGGGCGGGGGAGGCCCAUGACUUGCAACUACAGGUUGUUGGCUAUUUGUAGCCUUUAUAUGACUGUACCCCACACACCAUUGCAUGGUGCUAAAAAGAAGCAACCAAUUUAACAACAAAAGAGUAAGGCACUAGUAGAAAGACAUAUAGAAUCAAUUUGCCCAUUGAACAACUGUAAUGGAGGUCUCUAAACCAUAUUAAAAACCCCUAAGGCUGAAUUUCAUGCUUUUUACAAAGAAUUGUGCCAGGCAUAAGGCCUGAAACCAGACAGACUUCUUUGUUAAAGCUUCUCUGCCCAUAACACAAAGGAAAAUUGAAUACAAAGUGGGUCAUUCCUUAAACGAAAACAGGCAUCCUCAAGGGUCUUGGCCCAAACGGUCAAUAACUUUUACAAAUUUCUCCUUGAGAUAGCUCUUCAGCUUUAUUGACACUCAGCAAACACAAGGCAAACAACCACACAUUGUUGAACGUAGUCAUGUCUUCACCCUGUUCAAAGUGUUAAAAGGAUUGUUCAGUUGUACAUGUUGUAACUGGGAGGGAAACUGCGGUAAAAAAACACCAUUUUAAUAGCAGGAAACAAUUUGGUGUGGUCCAAUAGUUCAGUGAGGUUUAAUGAUGGGUGUAUAUAUAUAUAAUUUGGCAUAUCCUUUUGCCCACAACUCACACCAAAUAACAUAUUCACCCCUAAAGUUUUUAAAUUUGUAAACAUCCUGAAUGGAAUCUGCAUGGGCUUGAUUAUCUGUAGAUGUAAUUUCAGCAGCUGAAUAGGAAUUGUCUAAGAAAGUGGUUUUCAACCAGUGUGCCAUGCCACCCUGGGGUGGCUUGAAUGGUGGUCAGGGGUGCCACGGGCAACACUGGCCUCUGUCCCUCUUUCCUUCGCUCCCUCCUCUGAUGCCCUCUUGCCUGCCUCCCAAAGACUUUGUUGCAACAUACCUGGCUACAAGCUUCAGAGGCGAAGGGUGCUGGUUGCCAGGAACUGAGGUGGCCUCAGAGUAAGCAAGUGGGUGAGGGAGCCCAGCUAGCCUGUCCACCAGCCCUUGCUGUUGGGAAUGGACAGACAAGUCCCAGGCCCCUGUGGGGCAGUGUGAGGAGGUACCUCUCUUUGGGGCAGCUCAGAGAACAGGGGUUGCAGCAGUGGCUGCUUGGAGGACUCCCAAGGAGAGGGGAGAGAAGAAGAGGAUGAGGGAACACUACACAAGGGAGGAUGUUUCAAAAAGGGCGGGAGUCUGCCAGCUCUGCAGAUAGGGGCUCCUGCACCCUACUGGCCUCCUGUGCCCCACAGGAAUGCCGCAGAAAGAAUGUAGUUGGUCAAGGGAGCUGUGGACUCAAAAAGGUUGAAAACCUAUGGUCUAAGAGAUCAUGCUAAGUCUCUUGUUGGCUAGCUAGAUGUGCAUGUGUCUGUGUACUUCAGAAUAAAUAAAUACAUUUACGAUUCUGAGGAGGGUGUGUGUGUUCCCCUUGUCUCCACCCUCCAGAGGACACCCAUGACAUUCAUUCAAGCUUAUCGUUGUACAUAAGGGCUAGAAAUCUGUUCCUUUGUUUUUAAAACCGAAGUGAAUUAUUUAUCAAAUUUUACUGUAGCUUGCCAUACUAGGAAUGCCAGCAUGACAUGGAUAGUUCUGUCUCCUCCCCUCCCAUGUGUGUGUGGUCUGGCCCUAGGUCGACACAGGUUAGCAGGGCAUCAUGUUUAUGCCAAAAAAUACUUUGGACUUCUUAAGUGAUGGUCACUAUCAUUGUCGCCCUACCCUUUGUACAAGGAGCUUGGGGGGGUGUAUUUGUAAACCACUUGGAGUUUUUUUCUACAGUCAAGCAGUAUAUAAAUGUUAUGACAUAAACAUAGGGUUCCCCUCCACACCUUUGAAGUAUGUUAGGUUAAGAGCGGGUUCCGGCUCAAGGUCACCCAGUAAGCCCUGUAAUUGAGCAGGGAUUUGAACUGGGAUAUGGGUCAUUGUUCAGCAUGAUUUAUAUGCAGCUUUUCUAGACAUGAGUAGGUUAGAUGGCCCAUUGAUUGGCUCUUGCUCCAGCAUGUUCUAAAACCUAGAAGUAGCCUGAGAUGUGUUGACAGCUCCCAUCAGCCUCAGCCAGCACAGACCAAUGAUCAAGCAUGAUGGGAGUUGUAGUUCAGGAGCAUCUGCAGGACUGCAGGUUCCUCACUCCUGGAUCAGUUGUUUUCUUUCCAACUACAGCGACAGUGUUAUGUUUACAUUACAAACUGGUUUAAGCACAAAUCUUAUAAGGCCUCACAAAUGAAAAGGCACAGAAUUUACUUUGCACAAAGCAUACUGGUCAGUAUAGGUCUCGUUCCCAACCUCUCUCAGCAGUGGGAGAAGCUGUCUGUGCGGAAUAGCUUCUGACAUUGCAAAGCUGCACGGCGCCUUGCUCCAUAAACGAUGGCAUGGACCAGAUGCUCAUAGCAUAAUUGAAAAUUCCAUUUUAUCAGAAUAGCAUUUGCUGUCAGAAAGUUUUAUCUUUACUUUAACAAAGAGGUUGAUUAGAUCCCUCAGGGCCCGAAUUAGCAUCUUUGAGGCUGGAUACCCUCUUUUGCAAUUCAUGGAGUUAUUUCUCCUUUGGUUUUGCUCACACUGAGUGCUUUUAAAAAAAUAGACAGAAGACAACACAUGCCUCUGCCCUCUUGCAAACCUGUCGGUUCCCAAAGUUUAGCUACUUCAUUUCAGCCCAGUGGAGAGGGGGAGAGGGAUUAUUUUAUUUCUUCUGCUGCCUUUUUCAUGUUCUGCCUUGGAGACUAGAAACUCAAUUUGGUUGGGAAAUGUGUGUUUUAAUGUGGUGUGUGUGUGUGUGAAUUUGAAUGAGCUUGCUACAUGUUUCGCUGUGUCUAACUUUUCUCCUAGAAGUAGAUAGAGUUGCAAACUAAGUUACUAAGCCUGAGGUUUGUGGCAUGGGGACUUAUGAAACCACAGGGCUACAAACUGUUAGGGAAAAAAUAAAAAUCUGAUACUUAGGCAAAGCCCAGGGAUAUGGUCCAGUGGCCUGGGGAUUUAACAGUGUUUUAACAGUCAAUCCUUAUUCCCAGUGAAGUCUGGGAACGGUAGCUCACUGAGGUGAAUAGGGGUCUCCAAACUACACCCAGCAUCCUUUACAAACCACAGUUCCCAGUAGUCUGUGCAGAAAGCCACAACUGUCCAAAGAGGUAUAACAAUGCUUCAUACAGUUCAGGCGCCAUUGGGGAGAUCCUGUGUUGUUGUUUUUUUAAGCAAAAACUAAACACUCAUUGGAGGGUGAUGAUGGUGAGGAAAGAGAGAGAGAGAUUAAAAUAAUUAUGAAUGUAGAAACAUAUUGUAAUCCAUUUGGGUUAAGGGCGCACUAGUAAACAGGCUUGUAAUCUCCUUUGUUUGCACAUCAAGGUUUAUUAAAUAUCACAGGCAUUUGAAAGACUUUCUCUAAUUUGCUUACCUCCCCCGCCCCACCCCACACCUUGUCACAUGAAAUAAUAUAAUGUUGGAAUGUGUCUUUCACUGGAGUUAAUGAAUCCAAGGUCACAGGAGUUAGAUAGAGAUUGCAGCUAUAAUUGUGUCUCUGUGCAACUGCAGGAAAUGGCAUCCCAGAUGGGAGUGUGCUGCUGAUUUCCCCUCUGCUUAAAGGCCACCUGGAAAGGAAAAUGAAGGUUGAGCAUGUGGCCUUUCUGUCUGAGACCUGGAAGGUGUUUUCAGUUUUAAUAUAUGGUUUUUUUUCCUGCUUUUUGAUUUUUUUUAUUAAAAAAAAGAAAAUAAUAAAAAAAAUUGCCUUGAUGCUCACCCUUGGUGCUUUUUUCUGCUAGCUCUCUUGGCAACUGGAAAAAUAUGAACCAGUCUUUGAAAGUGCAGGUAUUGAGUGAAAAGCAGCUAAUUAACAGAAAGACAACGCGGGUUUUGUUUAAAAUCUCAUGUUUUCUUUUAUGUUCUUGUUUUUGCCAACAACUACAUAGCACCACCAUCAUCUAAACAGUGAUUAUUGGAGGGGGCAAGCUACACAUUCCACAUAGAUUUGUGUAUCAAAGCUCCAUCUUUCCUUUUUAAAUGGGGAUAAACACAAAUCGGGAACCCUUUGGAGCAGGGAGGAAGUACAGAGUGUAUUUUGUGAUUUUGAGGGGGAGUGGAUAAAGCAGAUACCAUAAAGGGUUAAGCAUCCUCUUCCUUCAAAAUUAAAGCUACACAUUGAUGUAGGCAUGUAUAUCAUGUAAUUUGGCAUCGUGUCUCCAGGUUCUUUAAGAUCUCUUUAUGUCCCAUAUGUAGAAUUGAUUUGGGGCCUGCAAAGAAAUAAAAAAACCCCAGUUAUUCUGUGUGCUAUUAAGAGAAAGGGGGUUUACAUCUUAGCAGAGGACAAGAAUAAUGAACAAGCCUUGGAGUUUGGUGAGGUUCUUUGCCAAAGAACAUUUAAUCCUUGAAAAAUGCAAUUUCCUGCCACACAGGCAGCAUCCCCCAUUUUUAGAUGAGACUGAAAUACUCCAGAAUUUGAACAUUUAAGUGCCUGUGAGACUGAGAGCCAGUUCUCAAAUAUUUAUUUUUUUCCAAAGCAUUUUUUCAAUUUUGCAAAGGAACCAGAAGAGUUGUUACGGGUGUAUGAUUCAGCAAUAAAACUGCUAGCACCUUUGCAAAGCUAAGCGGGAUCCAGGAUGGUUUCAAAUUGGAUGGGGGACCAUAUGGGGCGCUUCCUGCAUUUCAGGGGCUGGACUAGAUGACCCACAUGGUCCCUUCCACUCUACAGUUCUAUGAUUCUAAGUGCAAGGUGAAACUAACAAGAAAUCCUAAGGCAGUUCAAUUUCACCCCUGCUAAAGACUUCACUCUGCAGAAACUGAGCUUAUCACUCUAUCUACACUCCUGAACUUUGCCACCAAAAGCAACUCAUCCUGCCCUCUUUAAGUUCCAUCUCUGGCUGUCCAGUUGAAAGAUGAGAUGCUAUGAAACCAUUCUGUGAAUGCACCCUGUUACCCAAAAGAAAGAUGUCUUGGUGCAUCCAAGCUUUAAGAAAUCUGUUGGCUUCCACUAGCCAUACAUUAAAAAUACACCUAAAGCACAUUUUGUCCCCCAGAGAAUCCUGGGAGCUAAACUUCCUAGCAACCUUAAAAACUACAGUCCCCAGUAUUCUUUUUUUUGGGGGGGGGGGGUGCUUUAAAUGCAUGAUGUGUACUCAGCCAGGUAAUGCAGCUUGUCAGGGCAUGAUCUUGGGACAGAUGUCUGAGACUCUGCUCAGCAGAAUGAAGUGAUGGAGAUGGUGAAUGUAGCAGGGUAGGCUUAAACACAUGUUGAAGUCAUUGAAUUAAUAUAUACUAAUACUCUAAAGAAGACACCCCCCUUUAAGACCUUUAAGUCCAUAAUAUAAAAUUACCUAAUAGCACUACAGAGGGGAGGCCUCUUGUGUUGAUUCUUGUUCCCAAGACUGGGCCCAGUAAGUUGUUACUUCUUGAGGAAGGAACUUAACUUCUUUCCCUCUUUCAUUUGCAGUUUUGAGUCCCACAAAGAGUUAAAGCCAUCCAUUUCAUAUUUAGCAGUAGGGUAGGUGUAUGAAUAAAAAGGAACCUUCUGCUAACACAGCAAGCGAGCAGUUCCUGAUCUGAAACUGUAAUCAGUCUACAUAGCUAAUGAGUCUGAAAACAGACUGAACCGCCAGAGUUGGCACUAGGAAGCGUGCAUUAUAAACUAACAGUCUCUUGUUAACCUUUUGGUGUUUCCUUCAUGACACUAAUUAGAGCCAAAAUAAAACUACAGUAUAUAGAUCUCUAAGCUUGAAAUAGCAAUGGUAUUUUUUAUUUUUUUACAAAAAUGGACCAACUCCCUAGACCACCUUUGCAUGGCACAUUUACCUUUUAAUUCUGAUCUUGAAUGUCCACGUUCCUCUUCAGCAGAGGCGCAGAUGAUUAAUGCUGCAAUGGAACUGUGCUUAAAAUGGCAGAAAAAAGAUACCUAACCUGAAUGUAAUUUAUUGGCAUUUCUGCUUUUGAGAAAGGCAUAGAGCAUGGCUUAAAAGUGUUGCAUUUGCAGAGCUGUUAAAAAUAACAAUAAUAAUAAUAUUUCCAAUUAAAAUGGUUUGAAUAACUUAAUAACAGGGUGACUUGGAUAAUCCAAGCUGCACAAUUUGGAAUGAGAAUCUGAAAUCAGAAAAUUGUACAAGGCUGUUGAUUAUGCUACUAAAUAGGAAAAUGUGUAUUUGCCAUAGCAACCUGCAUCAGUCUUGCUGCUUCCCUUAAAUCCAGGACACUUUUAUUAAAGAAACAUUAUAAACACUGGACCAUCUCCAGACAUACCUGUAUGUGUGUGAAGGAAGAGGCAGUGGGGGUGGGACACAUGUUGAUACUGAUCAAAGAGUUGCUUAAAAGAACAUUGAAGACAAUGGGGGGUGUUCUGCUGCAUCUCUGCAUAAAAUAAUGAGAUUCUACAUAAGAUGGAGUGGGGAUUGAUUGGCAAAUAUAUUUGUAAGGCCCUAAAUGGAUUAGGACCAGUAUACCCUGGGAAUUGCUUCCUUCUAUACCAUCCUGUCUGCUCCGUAAGAUCAAAAGAGUCCCUUAUUUGUGUUUUGUACAAGUGAAGUGUUAUUGUGCAAGAGCAUAAGCAAGUUGCUGGUAAUUUACUUGCACAAUCUGAUGCCAAUUUGUUUCUGCUAGUGCGACUGUUGCACAACAGUGAAUCUCACCAGUUCACCAGCUCAACAGCUAGGAGACAGACAACCCUGGAAGCGUGCAUACCACUACUGCAUAAAAACAUCAAAGCCAUUUUCAACCACCAUACAUGUAUACAGUACAAUUUUAAAAAAACACACAUGAAAAUUUGAAAUCGGAGAUCAUCAACCAGCUAUUACAGAAAGAUGUUUUCGUAAUUGUCUGCAUAAGCUUAGCAUCAGCUUAGCAACACAGAAAAGUUUUCAGCAGAUGUUUAAAGGUUGAAACAGAAGGUGCCUGCUGAACCUCUAUUGGCAGAUCAUUCUGCAGCAUCGAGACGAUUAAACUAAAGGCUCAGUUUUUUGUUGUUCCCUGAUGAGCCUCACCAACUCGGGUGACACUCCUGCAGAUGAUCUCAGUCAUCUAGCUGGGAGUUCAGGUGAUAAGAAUUCAGGUAGCCCAUCAGGCACUGUAGGUCUAAAUUGUUCAGGGCUUUGUAAAUUAAUGCAAGGACCUUGAACAUGGCUCAGUAGUAGAUGGGCAGGCAGUAAGGAUGUUCUAACAGUGAUAUUGAAUGUUGGUGGUAGCAGUCUGGCUGCCUCAUUCUGCACCAGCUGGCACUUCUGGAUCCGGCCCAAGGGCAGCCGCGCAUAGAGUACAUUGCAGCAAUCCAGCCUCAGGGUUAUCAAUGCAUGGACUACAGUGGCCAGCUGUAAACAUGUUUCACUCCAUUUUUUCCCUUGCAGCAGUGGUUGCAAUGAUUGGCCCAUAGCCACUCAGUAGCCAAGCAAGACUGAAUCUUGGUUUCUGCAGUUGAAGUAUAACACUCUAGUUAUCACAGUACACUAGCUCUUGCUAUCAUUGCUUCCUUUGCAAGUUCCCACUUUCAACUCUACAAUUCUAUAAGUAUAUGAUUUUCCGACUCAGCAAUGCCUCUCUCAGAGGGAGCACCUCCACCCAACAUCCUCUUUCCAACAGUGUCCAGACAGAUGUUGCUAGGAAGCCCUCUAGCAACUGAUAUGCUGUUUCACAUUGCCUCUGAACUUGGAACCAUUGUUCCUUCUUAAAGCUAACUCAGCUAGUGAAUGCCAAUAGCUAUGCAGCCAAAACAAACCCACUGAGAAACAACAGGAAUAUAUAAUUUUGGGUGAAAGCCUGAGGUUUGACAAAAUCUCUCUCUCUCUCUCUCAAAAACUGAAGGGGCAUUUCCUUCUGCAAGCCCAAUGAGAACGGAACAUGCAUGAUAGUCAAGCAGUGUUGAAGGUUGGGAAAGAAAACCAGACCAGGGGAGGAGGAAAGAGAAUUGAAUGCCUUGCCUAGGCUGUCUGAAAUCCUGAACAGGAACUUUGUUGUUAGGAAGGAACACACAAUGCAACAGCUUGUUGCAGGCCCUACAUGUGAUGGCUAACAGCCAUUAACACAUCUCCCCUCCAUAACUUGUCCAGUCCCCCUUUAAAACCAUAUAUUUUUAGCUUUAUGCAUCUUAUGCUGUUAACAUCUGGUUAUAGAAGAAAAAAAAGGUCAACAUAGCUUUUGCCUAUGGUUUUCUGCCACUGCAGUCUUUGCUGUUUUGCUUGUACCAUUGUAGAGCCGCAUAGUUUUUUGGUUUUUUUUAAAAAAGAGAUGUUUUUAUUGUUGAUUUAAAUUUAAAUUUAUGAAAGCCCCCUCAGAUAGUGGGAGCAAUGGAAUGAAAAAUGUUUUUAGUAAAUAAUAGUGUACUUUUUUGGGCUCUUAGUCCAACAGAUGCACAACUUGAAAUGCAGCCUUCACUAGCCUGGUGCCUUCCAGAUGCUUUGGAUUAUGAAGCCCAUCAGUCCCUGCUUGCUUAGUGCUGAUGGGAAUUGUAAUUUAGAACGUCUGGAAGACACCAGUUUGAUGAAGGCUGUAUAGCUGAAUGUAUAAUUGAAUAUGUGCAGCUUGGUUUCAAAGCUAUUGUUGAGCUCAAAUAUUUCUCCUUUCAGGAUAGACACAUAUGUUCUGGGCCAGAAAUUGAGCCUCCAAAACCUGUGUUUGCCUCAUAAUGCCAAUGUAGAGGAUCGGGGUGAAGUCAUUGAGGGUUAUGAUGUCGGGGUCCUAUACCCUUUACUUUUUGAGGAGCAGGGUUCCAGCAGGUUCCCUAUGCAAUAGUCCUACAAACCCAGAUCCCCCGAAAGUUGUGAUUUGCACUGGCUUGUGUCUUGUCUUCGCAAACUUCUGGUGUUAAUUGCCCUCUAAGUGGCUAAAGAUUGAGCCUAAUAGGCCAUUAUCUGCAGCACCAAAUAUUUUCCCUUCAGGCAGUUUGGCAAUUUUGCACCCGAAUGUCUGUUGUUAAGGUCAUUGCUUCUGCUUAUUCCUUCCCUUUCCCCCCUAUUCUCUGGAGAAACACUUGAAACAAGCUUCAUUUGAAGGCAAAUAGCUAUUACUUUGGUAAGGGCCAUGAUAUCUCGAAACUUCAUUUCAUUUCUGCCUCUACCCUGUAACUUAACACUCCCCCACCCCACCCCCCACUUGUGGGUUGAAUUAUUGAAACUUUUGAAAGCUGCUUUACUUCGCAAAACAAAACCACCAUUUUGCUCUGAGUGUGUGAUUUGCUUUCUGUGAGCUGUAAUUUAUUCACAGCAACAGCAACAAAACCUUCUGCAGUCUCUAUCAUUUGUCUUCUUACAGGACCUCAAAAAACCCCACACACCUCAUCCUGCAUUCAUUGCUCAACCAAACCACAAACAAAGAUACGGAAAGCUCAUUUUUAUUGUACAAGCUUAGUAGGGCGUGGUUGUGAGUGGUGUGGUAUGACAACCAUGAAGGCAUCCUGCCUGUAACCUCAUUGAAAUACGUGCAUCAACAGGUUGAAAAGGCUUAAGCAGGCCUUUCUGUCCAUCUCUUCUCCCCUUGAAAUGACCCCUUCUGCCCAUGCGUUCAGCAAACCCAUGUGCAUCAGGAUGAUGUAAUUCUGCCUUGAUGGAAAGGACCUUGUUUGAAUCCUGUUCCCACUGGCUAGCUGCCUCUAAGUUCAUUGAAAUAUGUGCAUUGGUGAUGGCUGGAGAACUGUUUAAUUAUCUGUUUCUGCUUUGCUUGCUUCUGACCUUUGUGAAAAUAAAGGAAAUGAAUGAUGCAGCCCAGCACUAAUAGAAUGGAAGGGUUGCUCGUUCACCUCUCUGCUCCCACCAAUUAGUCAUUUAAAUGCAGAACUAGCAGCCACAGCUCCCGAAGUUCCUAACGGGGAAGUGAUGGCUUUCACAGUUCACAUUAGCUGCCAUUGGGUCAGCAAGUCACAACACUAAAUGAAGCCGCAUCGGGGACAUUUCUGGUUUAGAAGGAAAGUGUUUGUGAGGGGCGGGAGAGAUAUUUACUACAUUUGUAUACCACUUUUCUAAUGAUGAUCGCAUUUAUCACCCACCCUUCAGCACGUACCAGGGCAGGUUUCAACAAUCAAAAAUUCAGUAUUGAAAAAACAAAUAAAGCAAUUUACACCACAGGGAUAGGGUGGGUCCUGAAAACACACAUUUCAGGCGUCAAAAGGCCAGGUCAAAGAGCUGCAUUCAAGCUGGCUCAACUUUUUUUUUAAAAGCUACCAAUCUAAUCGACAUGAUACAAGAGGAGAAAUGGACAGCGAGUGAAGAAAACAUGUCAAAUUCACUUACCAGGAGAUCAUUCUGGGAGGGGAAGAGAGGAGAUCAAGCAUAGUUGUUCCCAGCCAGGCCCAUGGAGGAGCUGUUGCUGUUUCACAUCUCCCUCAGAUGUAGCCAAGUGGAAAGACCAGGCUAAUUGUCUUGCUGUCUCACCUCAUUCUCUGAAAUUUCUAGACUAGGUCAGCCUGCACAACGUAUCUCACAUCAAGCCAACAAAGCUCACCUCUCUUGUAUGUUGACCUACAAGAGGUUGCAUGUACUGCCAGGGACUGGAACAAGUAGGAACUGGCAGGCCACAAUGUGUGGUUUGUGGGUUGGGCUUCAUCUUAGUGCUUGAUAAGUGUUGUUGUUUAGUCGUUUAGUCGUGUCCGACUCUUCAUGACCCCAUGGACCAGAGCACACCAGGCACGCAUGCUCUGGUCCAUGGACAAAGACAACAGGCUUGAUAAGUACUAGAGCCUAUAAAAACAUUUGAUUAUGCCAGGUAAACCUAUAGGUUUGUCUCCAUUGUCCCAAGACCCAGAGUGCAGCCAAUACAAGCCACUCAGCCAUUGUUCAGUGGGUGAGCAAAUAUUCUGUGCAUGCAUCAGGUGCAUGGCCAAGGCGCUGGGUUCACUUCCUAGCAUUUCCACUAGAAUCCCUCAGGAAAAUGCAGCAUUCAAAGUGGUUUUGAAUUAAAAGGUCUAGGAGAUUUUAAAAAUAUUUUUUAAGCCUCCAAGUUCUAUCCAGCAGUGUCCCUCUGAUAGUGGAAUUUAUUCCUUUUUUUUGCACAGAUGCUUCCACCUGUGUGACAGGGAAACUGUUGACCAUGGGCAGAGUCAACUAAUUCUAAUUUUGUCCCCCAUCCUCCUCCCUGUUCUACAAAGGCAAAAUGCAAGACUAAGCAGGAAGACAUUGACAGCCAAUGUCACCCUUGGACUGGUUGUAAGUUAGAGGGCAGGCCUAGGUUGGUGUGACAGUGCCUCAUUUGCCCCAGCAGGCUUUUCUCCACUGUCUCUUGGGCUCCUUGCUUCUUCAUUUACCAUUGCUUUCCUUGGGAAAUGAGCACACUCCUUUCCCCAAAACUCACACCAAGCCACAUGCUUAACCUAGAAGCUCCUGCUAUUUGUGUCAAUUGAAUUUUGUUUGCUGUGCUGCUCAGUCUCUCCACCUUUCUAAUCUUGCCAUUAGCAUGUGUAGCCAUGUUGGAAAUGGAGCUUGCAUCAAACUCAUUUUAUGUACAAGGGAAAUGAAAGCAAUCUUGGAGCUCAUGCUUCUGAUGCUAAAUGUGGUUGAUUCCCCUUGUCUCCCUCCCUUGAAGUAAAUGAAUUAUUCUUCAUCAUGGGGAAAUUGCACCUUCAGAGUCCAUACUGGUUCCCAAUCAGCAUGCCACUGGACUGUGUUGCAGCUGAAAGCUGUACUUAGUCCUUCCCUGGGAUCCAGUAGAAAUGUUGUGUCGCCAUCCAUCUUCCACCUGAGCCCUCUCCGUCUUAGGGAAUGUAUUCAUUCAUGUAAGUUUUUCCAAAACUCGCAGCACCUGGGGACUUUUUGUUAGCUAGAAACAUACAAUUAUCAUGAACAGUUUUCACCGUCCAAGGUCGUAAAAAACAACCUCUGCUUCUUGCAUCUUAAACAUUUCACAUUGGCUAUUCGGAAGACCAGGAUUGUCUAAUAACCCCCAAAAAGUUGCUAACUUGCUUUUUUAAAACUAGCCUGCUAGGUGCUGGCAGAGAAUGGGUGGGGGGCUUUCUGCAUUUCUGUGCUGGGUAGAAGAGGUGACUGCCCUUCUCUGGCAGCUCAGUUGUUGUCUAUGCUGAGUGCAGAAGAGGAGAGAAUAGUCCCUCCCCUGCCAGCCUACUCAGUCACUUGCAUGGGAUUCUAAGCACUCUUUUGCAUGCAGUUCUUUGUUGUCUGUGGCUGCCAGGCUAGUACUUAAAUGCAAGGGUAGUAGACUCCUUCUCCUGCAGUGUUGGAAAAUGUGUCCAAAGUGCUCCCUCCUUCUCUUGUGCCCCUCAGGCUACUAAACUCUGUAUCUGGCAAAUCAUGGGGAGAAAAAACACUUGGGGUGCAUCUACACCAUACAUUUAAAGCACAUUCAACAUAUUUCUAAAACCCUUGACAUACCCCAAAGAAACCUGGGAACUGCAGUUUCCCCCUCAUAGAGCUACAAUUCCCAACACUCUUAAACUACAAUUCCCAGGAUUCUUUUGGGGGAAGCCAUGUGCUUUAAAUGUGCAUUGGAUGUGUUUUAAAUGUAUGGUGUGAAUAUGCCCCCCUUCUGUUGAAAAUGCCCACUGCUACUGUCUCCAGCCCAGGGAAGGAGAUUGCUGCAGUAGCCUUUGGUGUUUCGGUGAGCACAGUUUAGUUUUUACAUAGUCCUGCUUUUCAGAUACCUUGAAGAUUGGGAGCCUAUUCCACAGCUUUCUGGAACGUAUGAAAUAAUUGCAUGCAAGUUUCUACUGUUUUCAGUUCAGCAGAUCUCCUUUUCUUUGUGUGAACCUUGAGGCUCAUUUGCAGUAUUGGCUUUCCAUAUCUGUUGUGGCAGCAGGUGAGGGAUAUCUGGGGCCUGCAGAUGGGUUCAGUGCAUCUUCUUUUCAAGAUAUGCACACCUGUUGAUUCAGAAUAAGAAUAUAAAAGAGUAAUGUUGAAUCAGAUCAAAAAAUUAUCUAGAUAUGGGAUCCUCAAUGUGGCACCUCAGAAACCAUCUUUGGUGCCCAUCAAGGUCCCCUGCCCCUCCUAAUAUUUUUAAAAUGAGGUGGUUUUGUUGUCGUAGUUGCUGGGGGGGCAGGGUAUCAGGUUUAUAAGGAGUUGCCUGCUUUAUAUGUCUGUGUUUUAUUUGUUUUGGGGUGUUUGUAGUUGGUUAGCCUGUUGUUUGGGAGAAGGAGUGGCUCCUGAGAAUCUUAGACAGGUUCUGAGCACUGCCUGUUGCUUUUCUGUGAAAUGGGUAUUUUGUGGUGCUUAUGACAGUUUUUUAAAUUUUCUUGGAGUUUCUUAGAUGUGUCCCUGGGUCCAGAAAUGUUGGGGACCCCCUGAUCUUAGACCAUUGCAGUGUGUCUUGCAGUUGCAAAACAUACACGUUUCCCCCCCCCAUUUAAUAUUUUGUAGAUUUUGUUAAAACAAAGUGCGAACAUAAAAAAGAAUAAAAAAUGUAAGCCAUAAAGUGUCACUGCUUGGAAGGCUAAAAGAAUUCCAAAGGGCUCCAAAGGGAUAGUAAAGUAUUGACUCGUACAAAGAUCCCCUUUACAAAUAAUAAAGAUUUAUAAAAAUAAAAAGUAUUUCCCCCCUCUGAGUUCCAUCACCAUUGAGAAUAAAAGUUCUAUAAAGUCUUAGAUGAGCCAGAUGUUUGCAUAUACUGGUUACUCUGAGUAGCCAUGUGCUUCAUUAUUUGCAUAUAAGAAGUAAAACCAUGCCACAAAACAAAAAAUACUAAAAAACCCACCGUCAUUUGAGCUCUGCCCUUUACAUACUUUUAGUUUAUGAGAUAUCUUUAAAGAUAUCUUUUGGGUAUUUUGUGGUGCCUUGGGGACCAUGACAGUUUCCUGGAUGCACAGUGUUGUAGAAAAGCAAAUACAUUUUCUUCUCUUGAAUUUAUAGUUAAUGCAUGUGUUACUUUAAACUCCAAGAGGGCACUAGUGAUCCAGCUACUCCCUGCUUGUAGUCUCUCGCUCUAAAUUAAUUCCACCCCUAAAAAGCUGGGCCAUUUUGGUUUAUUUUUCUUUCCUAAUGUUGAGCCAAGAUGUCAGUCAUUUUCUCUCUCUCCUUUCCACUCAUUCUAUAAAUAGUUUCUGCAUUAAUAAAGCCUUUGAACUCCAGAAACUGUAAAUGAUUGCUUCAAUCUAAUUCACCCAAGCUGCAAGGACUGCUAAUACAACGUCCUCAGCAAUAUUCCUUUUCCUCAGGAGUAAGUUAUAAAUGCAUGUGAGAGCCAUCUGAGAUUACUAAUAUGAAGGCUUUUGCAUAGCGCUGAUAUAUUAGGGUGUGGAACUAUGUAUCUCUGUGAAUGAUGAGUGCUGGGAUUGGCAGCAUGUCUCAGUAUCCUUGCCUGAAAUUGUUCAUAAACGUCCCUAGAUUAAAUAUUGUGACUCAAAUGUGCUUUUCCUCUCUGAGCUCAUAAAGGAAGGCUCUUUGUGAAGCACACAUUCAAAAAACAUUUAGUAAUAUCACUAGGAAUUAGCUUUUUCCUACAUCACCCCUUUGCAAUGGAUGAGGACUUGUAAACACCACAUAAAAUAAAACGAUCGGUCCCUCUCAUUUUUCCAGCCUUUCACUUUUGCCCUUCCUCUCAUGGCAGCAUGGAAAUCAGCCUUGCCUAUGUGCCUUGCAGCUCCCCCUGCCCUUGGCAAGCAAUCAGGAGAACCAUUGACAAAAGCUUUUUCCACUGGGAGAACCCCUCUUCUCUUUUGUAGCUUCAUGGGCAUCAUUCAGCUGGUGCUUUGUCAACUUCUGACUGUUCUAAUUGCUUAAUUAUCUGUGCUGAUGGAGUCGUCAAGCUUGUUAAAACUUUGCCCCUUGGAAUAUUGUGGGGGAUAUACAGUUCUGUCUCUGGGAAACUGGUGCUGCUAUAACAGCUUCAACAGCAAUAGAUUGAGAGGGUGGCUUCCAUCUAUAUGUGGCUUCGUGUUUCUUCAUUUUGGCUGUGCAUCUGCAUUCUCAGACCUCACAACAUUGAAAUGUUGACCUCCUUAUUUUAUUCAUAGGAAGCUGUCUUAUAUUGAGUUGGAUCAUUAGGCCAUCUAUUUUAUUAUUGCCAGCAGCUGCUCUCCGGGGUUUCAGGCAGGGGGCAUUCCCAGCCCCACCUGAAGAUACCUGGCAUUGAACCUGGGAUCUUGUGCAUGCAAAGCAGAUAGCAGAUGCUUUGCCACUGAGCUGUUUACCCCUGCAGCCUUCAUUGCAGCUUUUGUAAGAUAAUAUUCUUAGUUACCUGGCUUUCUUUUAAUUAUCUUCUCUUGCAUUGUUAUUACUUCUUUCUCCUGAAUUUUGCUCCCUUUCCCCGGUACGCUUCCUUUUGAAAGCCACGUCUUCCCCAACUCUCUUGCACCACUACAGCCCUGCUUAUUUCCUUUACCAGAUGACGCGCAAAAUAUCAGUGCAUUACCAUCCUGAUUCCAGCUUGCCAUCCUCUUCUGCCUUCUUCCCCUUGUGCCUCAUCCAAUUUAAUUAAUUAUACUUAGCAUUAGAUGCAGCUUGUCAAAGUUUGAGCACCCCCUCCCCAGCCCCCUUCUGAAGUUUAAUGUUUUUUUAAUUCUAUUGCCUGCUGCAUGGCUAAGUGUUUUCUAAAUGACUAGACUGCAUAGUGACAAGAGGCGGGGGUUGCAUCUGUGCACCAGACAUGGAGGAGGCGUCAGGAAGGCUCCCCAUGGAGAUGGUUCGGCAGGAUUUCUAUAGGGCUACAUUUGCCCUUUCAGAAGAGGAAAGCUGCUCUCAAAGUUCAAAUGGAGACUCUGGUUGGUGUUGUAUAUGGAGGAACUAGAAUCAAACUUUAAAUAUUCACCAGCUCCAACCAGGCUCCUUUCUGGGACUGAAUUCCUGCUGUUCCCAGAAAGUGAGAGUUUCAUCACUCCCUAGCAUUAAAAACCCUGUUGAUUCCUUGUGGGGAGAUCAGGGAGGCUUAUUGCAAACUCAGAUAGAACAGCCCUCUGCCCCACCCUGCAUUCCAUUUAAAUGAGUGUAUUUUAAAAGUUCCAAAGUUGCUUCUAUGAUGGAAGCCCUCUUUUCUAGAGUCCAGACUGAGGCUGAGUGAGUAGUUUAAGUACUUUGGGGUAUGGAGUCAAGAUCACAUAAGAAAGAUCCCUGAUGGAUAGCUCCACUAUAGUAGAGCAUGAGACUCUUAAUCUCUGGGUUGUGGGUUCAAGCCCCAUGUUGGGUGAAAAAUUCCUGCAUUGCAGGGAUCAGGGGUCAGCAAGGUUUACCUCUCCUGGACCAGUUCACUUCAGCAGAGAUCCCUUUGUGGGUCACAUUGCAUGCGCGCCUGCGAUUUCCAGCAUCUGUGCAUGUGCAGACGCGAUUUCCGGCGCUGAGGAAGCGAGUCCCCGUGCCACGCUGCGCUGCUUUAGCGCAGCACACAGAGACUUGCCAAGCAGGAGGCUCGGUUUGGGGAUGGCUCGUGGGCUGGUUAAAUGACCCCCGUGGGCCACUUGUGGCCCAUGGGCCUUAGGUUGCCUACCCCUGGACUAGAUUCUCCUGGUGGUCCUUUCCAAUUCAAUGAUUCUAUGAAUUAUCUGACUAGUUACAGACCAUUAACCAGAACUUCAUAUGCUCUGUAAUAAGUUGUUCUUUAAAAGCAAUCUGAUUUUUGCACUAAGGAAAGCUGGAUUCUGCAUUUUCUCUCUGACUCUGGGUCUCUCUGUCUCUCUCUCUCUCUCUCUCUCUGUGUGUGUGUGUGUGUAUACAUUGCACCUGGUAUUUAAUCAUUUAUUUGGAUGUCUGUCUUUUUCAUAUUUUUUGCUAGUCAUAGCUAAGGUUGGGGAUCUAUUUCAAGACCCCUAAGCAUCACGCUCACUCCAUACCCAUCACUGUUGGUCCUGAUGAUUAAAUGGAACCUCCAUAGGCAGAGGUAGCCUGACUCUUGAAUUCCAUUUCCAUUUCAUAUCAUGCUUAUAUCCAGUGUUUCCUGCCUAAAGGAAGCCCAAAGGAGCUAACACCAAAACAGAACAGCAACCCAAUUAGCACAAAUUAUCAGAAUGCAAGUUAGUGCAACAAAUCAUAGCAUAUAUCAACAUUUUAGACAAGCAAAAGCUAAAUUCAGCGCAAAACAUUUUAAAUAAUGUGCUAAUCCUGUUAAAGCCUUGCAAAGGUCUUCCUUCUGGCCUUAUUGUCCCACCCCAUGUCCUAAUACUCAGCCUCCUUUGUCUCCUGGUCCCCGCAGUCUCCCUUCAGGCAGCAGAGAGCAUUCCAACAUGCCCCCAGCUUUAAUUUCAAGGAUGACAUCACACUCUUUGCCUGCUCAUCACCCCAAAGGCACAACCUCUGGCUGCCACUGCUAGUGUUAUAAUGGCAGGAUUUCCUCUGUACAGCAGCAGCCCAGGUCUCUCCCAUUUGGCAGAUCAGUGAAGAGUAAAGUUCCAAAGAUGUUGCUGCAUUUUUAAGGCAUAGGGAGCUCAUUCACGCAUCACCAAAAAGUGGAAAUGUACCACCAAAAAAAGAAGUCAUGCACUGAUUAAUAUGCAUAGAAACACAUUUAUAAACUAUUACAAUAAAGGCAGAAACCAUUUUGUGUGUCCAAUUGAUGCCCUCCUCUGUUCGUACAACUAAGGUAAAGGUAAAGGGACCCCUGACCAUUAGGUCCAGUCGUGACCGACUCUAGGGUUGCGGCGCUCAUCUCACUUUAUUGGCCGAGGGAGCCGGCGUACAGCUUCCGGGUCAUUAGGCCAAGGGUUGAAGGUUGCGAUAGAAUUCAUCAUUCAUACAACAGCCAGUGCUGGAUUUACGUAUAAGCUAAACAAGCUAUAGCUUAGGGCCCCACUCUCAUGGGCCCCCCAAAAAAAUUUAAAGGGAAAAAAAUCCUGGAUGUACAUUUCCAAAAUAUAAGAUAAAAAACAAAUAAAAUAAAACCUACAUACAGCAACAGUUUUUGUGUUGUGUAGGCUCCUAUGAUGUAAGUAAUGGGCCCCGCCUGCUAGCCUGCUCCCUAAAAUAUCACUGGUUUUCUUAUUUCUAUAUAUAGGGUGCCUACAUUCUGCAUGGACUGGUUGCAUGGCAUAUAUUCAACACAAACAGCAGUGACAAAUUUGUUGUUGACAAAGGACAUCUGGACAUAUAAAGGGCCCCCUUACCUUCAGUACCUUCAGUAGCUUAGGGCCUCAUCAAACCUAAAUCCAGCCCUGACAACAGCCCAUUGAAUAUUUGAAGAUGGCUGUCAUCAUUUCACCUCUUAAUCAUUUCUUCAGGCUUAGUCUCCCUUCAAAAACCUACUGCCAGUGAGAGUAGAUGGGCAGAUAACCUUAGAAAACCUCUGGUUUUUGGCAAUUUCCUAGGGUCUUAUGUGUCAUCCUACCCCUUACAUCCUUCUCUCUUACCUGCCUGGUAUUCAGAGCCCCAUUAAAAUGUUCCUGUCUGAGUAUGGUACAUUCAGGUAAUUUUAGACUGCAUUUAAUGGUCUUGCGGGGGACUCCCAUCAGAAUGUGGUAAGUUACCCCUGCUGUGUUUGAGGAGGCCAUUCUGUUCAAUCUGCUGGGCCGGGCCCUAGACUCCUGCCCCCAAAGUCCUGUCCUGAUGGCACCACUGUGUAUGAAGUUUCUUUACACAGUGUCAGAACUUUUUGUCCAUCCAGAUCAGUGCUGCCUCCUUUGAGUGGCAGCAGAUUCCCAAGGACUCAGACAGAGGGUAUUUCUUGCCCUGCAGGCCUAAGGUCCUUUUUAACCAGAGAUGCUGAGGAUUGAAUCUGAAACCUUCUGCACAACAUAGAAGAGGCUUUGCACUGGGCUGUGUACCCUGCCCUAAGUGAUGUGUGCCACUUCAGAAGAAACUAACACUGUUCACCUUUCUUCCCAUGAACAUUGCUUGAAAGAGGAUCCCGGACUUCCCCUCAUUAAUGGGAGCUACCCUCACGCAGCUGAAAACUGUGCCAACUCUCUCACCCUGGCACUCUCUCUUUGUAAAAACUCCAAAAUAGCUCCUUUUGAUUCCCCACCCCCGCUUUUCUUUGCCCUGUGGUGGAUCCAUUCUGUGAUAGGAUUAAUUAAGUCCUUGCUUACGUUCCCACUAGUGCCAUAACAGCAACUGAAGUUCCUGAAACUAAAAGAAAAGAAAAGGAACACUUGGCACUUUCCCCCUUUGCCAUCACUUACACUUAAGCUAUUGAUACUUGAUUGGGAUCUGUAGACUGUUGGGCUGGUGCCAUGGAGCUUCUGAGCAUAUUCAAUGGCUGGAAUAGACAGAGGAUUUGGCAAGCAGGAGGUCUCAUUAGUCAGGCUGGCUGUAUCUGACACUAGAGAUUCCCAUCUUGCUUGAAGAGGCACUCCCUUCCCUCUGCCUUGGCUGUCGUCCCAACAAUAUUUACAUGAAGGACAACAGAGGGCCAGUGUUAGGUGGAGGCUGCCAGGUCCCAAUAGGCAGGCUAUUGAAGGGUGCCAUGAAUACACUUUUGACUGCCCGGUCCAUCCCGAAGUUGAUAUUCUUGCCUUUGAGAGACAUGGGAAAUGGUAGGUUUGUUUCCUCAAGCAUGAAACAUCACCAUUAUAUUUACUACUGGGCUGGGUGAGUAAAUAAAGGGCUGGUGGAGUGUCAUUACUAAGAGUUAGGAAGCAACAGCCAUAGCUCAGGGGAGGAGCACAUGCGUUGCAUGCUGAGGGUCCCAGGUUCGGACCCUGGCAGCUCCAGUUAAAAAAAGCUGCUAAUAAGAGAGCCAUUCAAAGUCAGAGUAAUACUAUUCUGGGCUAAACAGACCAGCAGUUUGACUUCGAAUAAGGUCACUUCCUGUGCCCUAAGAGCAUGAACAGUGAGAAUAUCCCUGGUCUGACUCUUGCUAAGGUGAGCAAUUCACAUUAGGCUAUCGCAGUGGGUUAGGAGACCUUUUAUCAAUUUUCAGCUGGCAUGGAAACCGUGGCUGUUCCUGGACUCAGGUAGCUUGACCACAGCAGCUCAGGUAUUGCACUUGGUCAAGAAAUUGCAGCUAGAGCAGGAAACUGCAGCACAGCUGCUAACAGGAGUGAGAUGCUGUCAGCAUAACCCUGCCUGCAGUUCUCACUGUUUGCCUAUCUAUUCUGCAAUCUGCCCUAUUCCAAGAAACUUAAAUGGAAGAUCUUUUCCCUCGGAAUUACUCAGUGAGGUUGGUUAGGCUACUUGCUCAUCUCCACAAACGGAUCAGCAAAAAGUACCUGCAAAAAGAAAAGAAAAAAGAAUUUUGUGUGCUAAUUAAGAAGCAUUUUAAAUAAAUAGAUAAAUAAAAUACUUGCUAUAAUUUCAACAGAAGUACAGUGCAACCCCUCCCCCCCCCCCACAAAGCAGGGGAUACUGUGACCAGUGUCCCUGUUCUGUAUCCUGCCUGGGUACUAACUGUUGAUGGGCAACUUCAAGGCCUCUGCUGUUAUGGUUCUUUAUCUUUAAACUGAACCUUGAAUCCCAGCUUGUCAAAUGAAGGACUGCCCUCUGUUAAGGAGGACACUUGGCCACCCCUAGGUUGGGCUGUGAGAAUAAUUGAGUGGCCCAGGAUCACCCAGGGAGCUUUAUGGCUGAGCAGGGAUUUGAACCCAGGUCUUACUAGCUCCUUACUAGUCACUGCUACCUCACUACUCUCAUUUACACCACCAGCUUUUAGGAUGUAUGUGCCUUACACUACCUUUCAAGUCAAUCAAAAAGCUAGUCAGGUUCCAGCUUCUAGUUGGAGAGCAACAAGGUCUUUGGAGAAAAAGUGUUCUGAACAAAUUUUCUGCAGGCUAUAUCCAGUUCUUUCCAGUUUAAGGUGUGCCCCAUUGCUGCACCUUGGAAUCUCUCCUCUUAUUCCUCCUCUUCCCCACCCCCCACUGGCAAUUUCAGUGUUUUGUAUUUUUUUAUAUGAGCAUAGUCAAGCGGUCAUUUUCUGAUUGACGCAUAAUUUUGAAUAGGAUGUUCUAAUAAUUGGAUUCAUUGUUGCAGCUCAGAUUUGAAUGCAUGGCUUGUGUUGAAUCGCAGGAAGAUGAGGAAUACUUGAAUUUGUAUCUGUGAGAUUUGACAAUAGGAUAGAAAAAGUCACCUUUUGGAUUAAUUUGCUUUUAUCUACUCUGGUCCCAUUAAGCUGAAGGCAGCCAGUGUCAAAGGCAUAAAUGGAGACAAAAGACUUGCUUCCAAUUGUGGAGAAUGUGUUUUAAACAGCCUAGAAAAUGUUUCCUACUCAGCAGGGUACAGUACACUCAAAUGGUCGCAUUAACUAGGAAAUAUAUAACAAAGAGAGAGUAUUUAGGGCAAUCCCUCAGUAUCCUGUGGUAAUGAAUUUUAAAUUUCCGUAAUGAAGUCAAAAGGCCUGUAUUCUUCUCACACGGAACGCAGUACAGUAACUCCCAUUAGCAUUAAUGGGAAUUGGGUAUGCAAACUAUAGAAUCAUAAUGGAUAGAGAUGAAAAAGCCCUAUCAGAUUAUUGAGUUCAUCCCCCUUCUUAAGGCUCACCUUAUUAAUGCAAGCGGUCUUGGUGACAAUGGCUUUGGUACAGAAUACCCUAUUAGCUACGUUGAUGAUUUAGCAGUCUUGCUGUGGGUAUGAUGCAAGGAUGGAGAGCAAGCUGGUGUUGGGCCUACCAUCCACAGCAAGCUUAGGAAUGUGCCAGUGGGACCCACCAGAUUUGUGGGUAUGUAAUAAACUAGGCUAGACUAGACUAGUAGUCUUCAACUUUUUCAAAGCCUUUAAUUCAAGCAUGUACUUGGGGACCCAUUUCCUAUUUUUUAAAAAAUCAAUAUAUUUGAAUGCUGUUGUGACCCUCCCCCCCCCCCCCCGAUCUAAGAUGCACUGUCACAGCAGCCUUAGCUCUAUACAAAUAUAUAUUAAAAAAAAAAUCAGGCCAUAACCUGAAGACCAAUGUCACAGACAGUGGGAAACUGGGUCUGGUCAGCAGGCCAGAUUGCUAUUUCCUCCACCCACUGUGGGCCAUCUUUGACAGGAGGGUAGGGCUUCCCAACUGCUUAUCACCAGAUGUCUGAAUGACAUCAGGUGACCCUGUUUUGCCCACAUGGCUUGAAACCAAGCUGUGUGGGCAAAAGCACAGCCCAUGGACCCUCCAAAAUUUGAUGCUGGCACUGGCUGUUUCAGGCUCAUGUUCCUAGCAUUGCUGGGAACAACAAUUUCUGCAACCUUUGGUUACCUCAACAAUGUGUCCGAGGACCCAUCUGCACUAUAGAUCUGAAGCAAUAUGGUGCUUUUGGGGGAAGUCAUGGCUUCCCCCAAAGAAUCCUGAGAAUUGUAGUUAAAGGUGCUGAGUUGCUAGGAGACCUCCAACCCAACGUAUGGAGCUACAAUUCACAGUCAAACCCUCUUCUCAAGGAACUCUGGGAACUGUGGCUACGUGAGGUGAAUAGGGGUCUCCUGACAACUCACAGCAUCCUUAACAAAGUACAGUUCCCAGGAUACUUUGGAAGGGAAGCCAUUACUGUUUCAAGUGGUGUGGUAUUGUUUUAAAUAUAUAGUGUAUAUGGGCCCUAGAUCUUUUCUAGGCAAACAGCUCACCGCAAGGCAAGACUGUUUCUAUAAUAUACCAUCAGACUUCAAGUGCAUGUAAACAUUGUUUGAUUAAAUGUUGUCCCAAGAAGAGAAAAAUCCAUACACCUAAGAGUAUUGUUUCAGGGAGAAAGCUAGACUUGAACCUUUCUGCUGUUUUCUUUAUGAACUUUUCUCCGUUUUCUAUAUGAACUCAGUUUUUCUCUUUGUUUCAAAUAUGAAGGAGCAUGGGAUUCCCAUGACAAUGCAGGGGCAGUUUUAGGAGAACAUAGGAAGCUGCCUUUUGCCAUUGAUUCACCUAACUAUGUAUUGUAUACAUGCUGACUGCCAGUGGCUUUCCAGAAUUUCACACCCUCCAGGUGUUGUGGGUCUACAGUUUCCACCAACCCUGACCAUGGCCACGGCAGCUGGAGCUGAUGGGAGUUGUAGCCCAACAACAACCAGAUGACCAUAGGUUUCCCAUCCUUGUUUUAGAUGGGUGCUGCUUUCCUAGUGCUGUCACCCCUCUCCUGCCCUUCCUCAUUUCUCACUAGUUCCUCCUCUUUCCUCCUCCUGCCAUAUACCAGGCCAGACUAUUUCUCCAUCCAGCUUUUUAGUGUUGACUGUCAGCAGCUCUCUGAAAUCCCUGACAGAGGUCUUUCCCAUGAUGGGCUAAUCGAUCAAUUUUAAAACUGGAGAUGCCAUGGAUUGUAUUUAGGACACUUAACGUACAAACCAUGUGCUCUACCACUGAGCUCUGGUUUCUCUUUAGUUCUUCAGCUGCUGGGAGCAGAGGGGCCAACUCACAUCUCUGACAUCACAGCAGGACAGCCAAAGGCUUCUGGAGGUGUCACCAGCAGCAAACCCAUUACAGUAUGAGAUUGUAUUUACUCAUUGAGGAAGCCAGUUGUGCUUCCCUUGUUAGAAACAGGUACCUGAGGCUGAACAAGAAUGACUUGUGCAUAGCCACCCAGUGAGUUGCUGAAGUCCAUAGCUGAGGACUCAUGUUCAAAUUUAGCAUCCUGUCUGUUGAAAUAAACUACCUUUCUUGUUAUUUUUGCAGCCUGAGCAGCUGCUGUUUCCUCUUGUUUUCUAUUUAUCUGCCCACUAUGUCAUGAGAAAAUUAUCUCCGAUGUAAAUAACCAAAGGUGUCACUCUUCAUGUGCUACAUGAGUACAGUAAACAAGAAGGAAUUAAAUUAUUAAUGGCUAUAUAGGCUGGGAGAAAGAAAAGGCCAGUGACAGUUUUACCUGGUGCAAAUGUGCACAACUCCACUGCUUUUUACAGGGCUACAGCGAUUUCUGCAGGCUGUGGAUCUAACCUCUUUAGCAGGGUGAUCACAGUGGAAAUCCCCCCCUGCCCCCACUCCCACCAAGCUGGAUUUUCAGACCUUGGGCCUGUUUGAUGGUUGCUUGAUAAAUUGGUGCAAUUCAAAUUCUCUCCCUCCUUCCCCAUUCUUUUUGAACCAAUGCUUCUUUUGCCCAAACUCUGUCCAUUUCUUGAAAUGGUGGAACAGUUCAAAUUGUGUGUCUGAUUUUUUUUAUUAUAUAUAUAGAAAGAGGGAGAGAGAGAGACGUCCUGAGUUGCGGUAAGAUGUACCGGUAUUUGCCACUUUCCCCUGCUAUUAGCAUCUCCUAAGCAUUAUCCAAAGGGAAGCCAUGCCUGGAUUAUAUUCCUGAGGUUCUCUGAUUAGCAAAUGGAGAAGGCUAAGAGGUGAGAAAUAUUAUGCAGUAAUUCUUUCCCAUCUUGUCUCCUGACAUUAAACCGUGUGGAGAGAUAAGGAAGAGAGGCAGCCUCUUAAUUUAUGAGUGAGCAAUGAUCCACCCACAGAGGGUGACUUACAUUUCACUAUGGAUGGCUAAGCAAGUUCACUAACCAAGGACAGUGGUACCUCGGGUUACAAACACCUCAGGUUACAAACACUUCAGGUUACAGACUCUACUAACCCAGAAGUAGUACCUCAUGUUAAGAAAUUUACCUCAGGAUGAGAACAGAAAUUGUGCCGCUGCGGCGUGGUGGCAGCGGGAGGCCCCAUUAACUAAAGUGGUCCCUCAGGUUAAGAACAGUUUCAGGUUAAGAAUGGACCUCUGGAACAAAUUAAGUUCGUAACCAGAGGUACCACUGUACACUGACUUCGUUCCAUCCUGUGAUUGAUAAAGAAAUAAAUACAGUAGCCAAGAACCUUCCACAGAAAGUAAAAUGAAACAAAAACUUCCAACUGCUUAAAGGCAUUCCUGCUUCAGUCGAUUUGUUAUGCAGAUGUAAAAUGUAGAUUGGUCCGAAAUGCUCAUUUGCAUUACAUAUGUCUCUCUGUCUCAAUCUGUUUCUCUCAACAAACAUAAGCAGUAUCCUGUUUAUUAGAUCAAACAAGGGAUGUAGAAUCAUUUUAUUUCUCAUCUGUGCCACGUGUGUUUUUUAAUUCACUGGUCCGUUCUGCCAUGUUUCCACAUUAAUCUGCAUUUUUUGAAUAAAAACACACACACAUAAAUAUGUAUUUUAUUUCAAGAUAUGCAUUUUUCUAAGUGUACAGGCUUUAACAAGCUUUAUAUACUGCACAAUCAACAAAAUAUAUACAUAAAACAAUGAAAAACAUUCACACAAAAAUACAAAUAAAAUCAAACUUAUAUAAAAUUUGUAAAAAUAUGAAUAAAUCCAGAAAUCCCCCCCCCCAAAUAUACAUAAUAAAAUUACAUGUGUGGGUAGGCUUGCUUUUUUUAAGCACCAAAAACAACAUAGCGAAGGGGUUUUCUUAAUAAUAUAUACUAUUUUCAGUAUGCUCAUUUCAUUUCUAAAUGGUUUUUCUUUGUCAAAAUGCACAUUUUGGAAAGACAUAGUGAUACCUUUUUGAACUCUGUGUCAGAACAUUCAUAAAUGCAAAACCUAAGGGAUAGCUAAGCUGCUCUCUGCACAUUUAGUCAGAGCAGUGUGGAUUGAGUCGUUUUGUACCCGGAAUUCAUGAUGAUCGAAUUUCCCAAGCAUUCUAGAAUCUGCUAAGCUGUUGGUUGUCAAGUAUUAGCUUCAGCUAGAAGCUCCUGGCAUUGAUUUAUGGCUUUCUAGGACCUGGAACUUCUCAAACAAUUAAAGUAAGCUGCAAUUUUUACAAAAUAUAGUUCAAAUUUGGUAUGAUUUGUUAGAGCAGACCAAAUUGUCACAUGAAUGCAGCGAUGCGAACAGAGCUACAGAUUGUGAAUUAUGAACAUUGCUUAUCGAUCAAGGAUGAUGUAUGUAUCUCUCUCUCUCCUUUUGUCAUUGUUUGCCAGCUUUAUGUAUUGUAUGAUUCAAUGUUUAAAAAGUACAGGGAGGGAGAAAAGAAAGCAAACAAGACGCCCCCUCUGAUGCUUCCAUUUCAUUUCAAUGUAGUAGCUUGAUUUGUGGUCCUGUGCUCACUUACCUGGGAGUAAGUCUCAUGGAAUUCAGUGGGAUUUAUUACCUUGCUAAAAAAGGCUGCCAGAGAAGGGAUUCAGGCCCUGAUUUAGGCAAACCACCUAAAAGUUGUGAAACACACAAAAAGAGGGAUGCGAAGGGAAGGCAGGGAUCAUACUUGGGCACCAAUUCCUAAAGUUCUUACAACAACUGCUGGGAUUCAAUAGUGCUGGUGUCUGAACAAUUCUCUAUAUCUGUGAUCAUUUACAUUUUCCCAACUUGAGUGUAGACAAUGGAUGGAUGGGGUCAGAGGCUUCUUAGAAAAGAAAAAGAAAAAAAGUAAGAUUGUGUAAACUAUCUCUAAGUUUAAAUACAGUGGUACCUCUGGUUACGAACUUAAUUUGUUCCGGAUGUCCAUUCUUAACCUGAAACCGUUCUUAACCUGAGGUACCACUUUGGCUAAUGGGGCCUCCCACUGCCACUGUGCGAUUUCUGUUCUCAUUCUGAGGUAAAGUUCUUAACCCGAGGUACUAUUUCCGGGUUAGCGGAGUCUGUAACCCGAAGUGUUUGUAACCCAAGGUACCACCGUACAGAGUUGUUGCAGAAUGGUCUCUUUGCUUUCCUUUCCCCAAGGCCCCCAAUACAAUAAAAUUUAAAGUUGCUUUCCAGAUGCUGUCUGGGAGAGAUGGAUAAAUGUGGGUGAACACUGAAUGCAAUGUUUGAUCCCUUCAUGUUUACUAUUUAUUCAUAUUUAUUAUUCAUAAAUUCAGGCACAAAUGUUAGGCCUGCACCCCAGUGACAUAUUUGCAUUUUAUUUUAAGUUUGAUGGCCCCCACCCCCCGCCCCUUGCUAUUCAUUUUUGCAAACAGGGAUUUAAUGAUUUACUGUUUCCAAACCAUUGCUGUGGUUCGUUCUCUCUCUUUUCCCUUCCUCGGCAUUUUAGGGAAAGAGAUUUCUAACAUGGAAAAGUGAUAUUUGAAUACAUCCCCCUAAGGCAAUCAAUUUACUUUUAAUUUGUCUGGAACUAAGCUUUCCUUUGUUGCAAUGAGAAAGGACUGAAACUGCUGUAAAAUUUAUUAGCUUCCAGGAAGAUUUUGAAAUGAAUUUUUUAACAGUCGUGCUGUUUGCUCGUACCCAGGCAUGGUGUUGUACUGAUUGCAGUAGCACCACGGGGGUGCCAAAAAAAUGCACCAAAUUUUCACUGUGGCAUUGUGCUCUUGUUGGUAGGCAUUCUUAAUUAGGGGCGACAAAACCUAGCUAGCCAUUUUCCGGUACGCUCCUUCAUUGUCAUUGUUUUAUUUGCAUGCCGAAAGUGGAUCACAAACUCAGGAAAAAAAGUACGUAACCAAAUACAGUAAGCCCGAAAGUUGGGCUCACUUUAUCUCAACUUUAUGCGGAUGGUGGUAGGGAAAUAAAUGAAUGGAGAACUGGGGAAACCCACCAUUCUCCUCUCUCCAUUUAUUUAUUUUCCCCACUUGCACCCAGCGCUUACAGGACUUUGGGAAGGAAGCAGGAGGGCUCCGCCCUUGCAUGGCGAUGCCUUCCUUCCCAUCCUCUGGGAAGGAGGUGAGAGGCCUCUGGGAGUACCCCAGAGGCUGGUAAGCAAGGUGCUGCUUUGCUUAAGAGCAUCUGGAAAGGUCUUAGGGCUUCCUCACUGGUUUUUUUUGGGGGGGGGCGUUUCUGCAUUUCCCUGACUUUUUGUGAUUUUGCACUUGCACACAGACCUCCAGAUUGCUGUUCGCUUGCUAACUCUUAGUAAACAAUGCACAGCCUUUUAAACAGCGUGUGGGAUUAUCGUUUUAGUUACUAUUGUAUGCAUUAUUAUUUUUUUGCAUUUUAAUAUUGUAAACUGCCCUGUGAUCUUUGGAUGAAGGGUACGCUAUAGAAAUGCUAAUAAUGAUGAUGAUGAUGAUGCAAUAUUUCAAGACAAUUCGCAAGCAGUUAUGAAAUAUCAGCCAAUUUAAAUAGUCGUGCAAAUAUUAAUAGGCCAGACAUUUUAUGUUGCUAAAUAUACUCUAAGAUGAAACAAGCUGCUAAUAAUUCAUAUUAAGAAAGGGACAGGAAACAUAUGUCCAUGCAGAUUAACUUUUCUCAGCCCUAGCAACAUGUAAAAUGGUUAAGGAUGGUGAGAGCUACAAUCUCCAGCAAUCUCUGGAGGGGCCACAAGUUCCCCAUCCCUGUAAUGAGUCCUGACAAUACAAAUGAAGACAGUAAUAUUAAUCCAAAUAGCUGCAGAACCAGUACAUCUUAUUCAAAUCUAUAUAUUGAUCCAUAUAUAUAGACCCAUAUAUCAACCCAAAACUAUAUAUUAACACCGCUUAAGUCUGAGCCCUGUCCCGUCCCCCCCCCAUCCCCAGACAAUAGACACCUGAAACAUCAGUAGCAGCCUUUAUAACUGGAGUCAGCAAUAAUCUUGCUCUAUAAUUUUAUCCAGUAUUCCAGUGCCUUGAGAAUCUAUUUCUUUUUAAGUGGAAUUCUUGAUGGUAGAUUCUACAUGCCUUAUAUGUAGAGAGCCCAAGAUUCAAUCCCUAGUAUUUCCAGUUACAAGGAACAUGAAUCAGGCAAUAAACAUCUUUCUUGGACAUGGAGAGCCGCAGUCACUCAGAGACUCAUUUCACACAUAACACUAUGCCAAACCAUGGCUUUCUGUGAUUGUGUGCAGGCUCCUGGGAAGAAGAUAAUUUCUGCUUUGGUCCUCUGCUGCUGCUGUGUGUUAAGCCAUGAUUUGGCUUAGCAUGUCAUCUAAACACAGGCUGAAGGAAACAAACCAUAAGCCUGGAUUUGGAUGAGAUGCUAAAGCAAACCAUUGCUCACUGCAAAGCAGUGAAUGUAAGAAUGUAAGAAAAGUUUGCUGUAUCGUGCCAAAUGGCCUAACUAGUCCAGCAUCCUGUUCUCAUAGUGGCCAACCAGAUGCCUGUGGGAAAUCUCAGCUCCUGUGGUUUCUAGCCAUUGACAUUCAGAAGCAUCCCUGCCUCCAGCUGGGGAGGCAGAACACAGCCAACACGUCCAGUAGCUCUCAAAAGCCCUCCCCUCCAUGAAUUUGCCCAGUGCUUUUUUUAAAGCCAUCCAAGUAGGCUGCCAUCACUGCCUUCUAUGGGAACAAGUUGUACUGUUUAAUUGUGUUCAUGAAGAAGUACUUUCUUUUAUCUAUCUUGAAUCUUCUAACAGGAGCAGCAGGAGCAGAGGAGGAGCAAAGCAGUGGCAAUCUCUUCUCCGGCAGCCUGCACACUUGUGCACCAGUGUUUAUUUUAGCAUUACAUUGAACUGUGCCAGGGUAAAUAGUAGCAGGCCAGAUGAACAAGCAGUCUGACCUCAUAACAAGGCAAAUUCCUUAUGGCUGCUGAAAUGAGUUUGCAAUCAGGUGAACCAUGGCUGAUGAAAUUUCAGAACUUGGAGAGGGGUUGGUGCUUAUGGUCACUGAAUAGUUACAGCAGUAUUGUUGCUUUCUUUGACCAUUUCCAGGAGGGCAGUGGUGAAAAGUAGAAUAAUUCUGGUGGUAAUUUGGGAGUGCAGUCACAGCUGUUUUACUAGGGGUGGGGGAAGGCUCGCUUGCACCAUUUUUUGGUCCUGACUCUUAGCCUGAUCUUUCAGAUGUGGAUGCCAUUUUGUGUUACGACACUCCUAUCACCCCAUGGCAGCCAUUUUGUGGCACCUGCAGCAUUUUCUCAUCAUUUCAAAUGUGCCCACUUGCUCAAAACACUUGGCGACUCCUGCAUAAAUACUUGUAUCGUUAGCGUGCCAACUAUCUUGAAUGUAAGCACAUGACAUCCAGAAUUCCCCUUGAAGCCUGUUUUGUCUUAAGCAAAACUUUUAGUAAGAAACAGUUUUGUCUGUAUUGGUUUUCUUCAAUGAUGCUCAAAAGUAGGCAGACACCUGUGCCUUCUCUGCAUGCUCUCUCUCUCUUCCAUUUUUAAGAGACCCAGCUGCUUCAGUUCCCUCUGAGUAUGAAAUAGUCCAAAUGGCUUCUACUUAUAUGCCUCUUCAAAAUCCCUCUGACAUAGAUUGGAAUGAAUUGUGCUUCUCUCCACAAAAUAGAAGCUCUGGGGUCUAUUGUGAUUGCCCAGGCUGCAUAACCAUACAUGCCAUCAGAGCAUUUAUCAGUGAUAUUAAAUCCCUAAGCACUUGUACCUCAGUACAUUUCAACUUUGCCUCUGUGUCUGCUGCUGGAGAUUCCAUCACCAAUAAUUCAGUUGCUUAGGAGAGCUGAGCAGGUCAGUCUUUCAAUCUUGUUGUGUGCUCGGCUACAGUGAAUUUGGAUUUGAAAUAUAUGGAAGUAUAUGUGGUCAUAUAGCACCCAAAUGCCAGCUGAUGCAUAUUUUAAUUGCAUGCACUGGGCACUUUUGUUCUCCCUUUCUAUUCCAGAGCAGAGUCGGAUGUAAUAUAAAAUGAGAAUUCACAGCGGUGUGUCCUUCAAGCAGAAUGCAUAAGUCGAGCUAGUGAUUCCUACUGCAUUUUCAAUUUUGUAUGGCAGGCAUAUUUAUUUAUUUACUUACAUUGCCAUAGUGCAGUUCUAACCAUGCCUACUCAGAACUGUUUUCUUCUAAGUGUGACCGUAGAAAGGUAAGGUACAUUUAGGCUGAAUUCGGAGAGGAAGGCCAUAUUGGUCUCAAUGCUCUAAAAACAAGUGAUGGUGCCAGUUUUUAGAAUGGUGUUGGAGAAGGCUUGGAAUGUUAAUUUUAUGCAUUUCCCCUCUACCCCGAGCCCACUUGUGAAUCAGGCCAGGCUUCCUAAACUUUGGGCAGAAUGGGUUCUACCAGAGCUGUCCUUCCCUCUCUACUGUUCUUCCCCUUUCCAUCCAAAAUCAGCAGCUGCAGUAGUUAGGAGAGUCUUUACUAAAGGCUGCCCAGUGGCUCUCCGACACGGCAGCGAUAUGGCCUUGAUUGUAAGGAUCAGUGGGAACUACCAAGGGUCUAAUCCCCCCAUGAGCCACUGAAACUGCCUCUUCUUGUAAGUUUUGGAGAAACUGGGGAGAGUCUUCUGGAUUGUAGUAGUGUAGCUUGCAUAGGUGGGAGGAACGCCUCCAGUCCUCAUUGUUCUCCUGGUAACAGUAGUGAUCGUGAGAAGGCGAACUUUAGAACAGGGCUGGAAAUAGCAACAAUUUACUUUUGCAAAACGAAUAAUUUUAUGUGAGGCAAUCGGUUUUGAUUCAACCUGAAUCCAACAGGUCGGAUCAAAUCUAAUAUGGGCUUAUUUGUGACAAAUGAGAAUGUUUUGGCCGUCCUAACCCUCCUUUUCCAUACAAAGAUACUGGCAGGGAAAGCUGACAUUUUGGAAAUGGAAGUGGUGCAUCUAAGGAACAUGACUUCCCCCCAGAUAAUCAUGGAAUCAUUGUUUAUUCCACACAGAGCUACAGUCCCCAAAGGCCCUUAACAAACUAUAGCUCCCAGGAUUCUUUGUUGGGAAUCAUGUACUUCCAAUGUAUGGUGUCUACAUCUUCUCGCAGCCUUAACACCCACUGUUUCUAGCGGUUGCAGUUUGCUUGCAUUUUGCUGCGCUGAUAUGAAAUCAUUUGCAUAACAUCUCCCUGCCCCCAAACUGUAAUUUCAGGUUCUCCCUAUUUCAAGCUGUUCUUUGAAACCAGUUUUUGAGCAGCAUAUUUCUUGAAGCCCCCUGAAAGUGAAAACCCUCUUAGAUAUUAGAGUCACAGUCAAGUUUUCCUGAUCUUAUUAAACUACAGUGGUACCUCGGGUUAAGUACUUAAUUCGUUCCAGAGGUCCGUUCUUAACCUGAAACUGUUCUUAACCUGAGGUACCAGUUUAGCUAAUGGGGCCUCCCGUUGCUGCCGGGCCGCCGGAGCACGAUUUCUGUUCUCAUCCUGAAGCAAAGUUCUUAACCUGAGGUACUAUUUCUGGGUUAGAGGAGUCUGUAACCUGAAGCGUAUGUAACCUGAAGUGUAUGUAACCGAGGUACCACUGUAGCUUCAUCUGCUCAGUAGCAGCCUACCUCACAAAUCUGAGGAGCAGAUAAAAGGGGGUGGGGAGAGCUACCUAUGCCACUCUUAAGAAAGGAACCCUGUGCACAUUUUCUUGGAAGCAAGUCCUAUUCAAGUCCCGUUUGGGAGCAUGUCCCACUUGCUUAAAAGGUAAAGGUAAAGGGACCCCUGACCAUUAGGUCCAGUCGUGACCGACUCUGGGGUUGCGGCGCUCAUCUCACUUUAUUGACCGAGGGAGCCGGCUUACAGCUUCCGGGUCAUGUGGCCAGCAUGACUAAGCUGCUUCUGGCGAACCAGAGCAGCGCACGGAAACACCGUUUACCUACGCGCCGGAGCAGUACCUAUUUAUCUCCUUGCACUUUGACGUGCUUUCGAACUGCUAGGUUGGCAGGAGCAGGGACCGAGCAACGGGAGCUCACCCCGUCACGGGGAUUCGAACCGCCGACCUUCUGAUCGGCAAGUCCUAGGCUCUGUGGUUUAACUCACAGCGCCACCCGCGUCCCUUCCCACUUGCUUACUUCUAAGCAAAUGCACAUAGGAUCAGGCUCUUUGGUGAUGAAAAUGCAAUAGACAGCUAGUUGGUUUUUUUUGCUUUUAAAAGAGCACCCUGUACUUGCAUCUUCUCCUUAUUGAACCCACCUCACAUUUCUCUGUUAACAUGAUCCAGGAAAAGUGCAGCAACCUAGUUCUCUGCGUUUUCAGUCUUGGCUCCAGUUUAAACCCAUAUCUGUUUGGGUGAAUAAGAGGCUUUAAAAAAACCUAAAGCCUGGCCUGGUGUUGUGUUCAGUUGUCGGAGGAGGCUUGUUCACUCCCCCCACCCCAUUCCACAGCUUACCCAGGGAGCUAGUAAUGUGUUUCUGUAAUAGACUUCUGUAAAUGCAGUGAAACCGAGGGGGAGCCGCAGUCGUCAGGCAGCCGAGCUUAGCACACACUGUGGGCCUAACGGCGGGCAAUUCCGGCAUGAUUUUUUUUUGCUCCUGCAAGGUCCUAUUUGUUUUCUGCUUCCUAUCAGCAAUGCUCCAACAUCUUCCCAGAAAAUAACCACCAUUUCAUCUCUGGGGCACCUCUGAGCUGGGCCUUCUGCCUCCCUCUGUGCCUUCCUGCCCCUUCCGGCUUCUUUAUUUUAACGAUAUGGGCUUCGUUCUGUCUUUAGGUGAGCGGCGGGGGAAGUGCCAGAGUUCCUCGCUACUCCUUUUUACCUAAGACUUCUGUGAAGCAAUUUGGCAGCUCUGCAGCCAGCCCACAUCUCAGAAAGCCUCACGGCUCAGACCUUCUCGAAUCAAUACAGACACAACAUGUCUGUGGUUGGGGAUCAUUAUUAGCUGCUUUGUGUGACAGUCCCUUGAGGUUGGAACAGAGGUGGUUGGAAAAACCGGGCUCACGGGGUUGUUAGCUGUACUUCUCAGAGAGAAUGAUAUUUCUGCCACAGUUGGCUGAACUGAGGUCUUUUCAUACAGGAUGGGAAUUGCUUUAAACUUUGACCAUGGGAAGAAGGAUUGGUUGUUAAACCAUUCUGGGAACUGUAGCUCUGUAUGGGGAAUAGGGGUCUCCUCUCAGCACCCUUAACAAACCACAUUUCCCAUUAUUCUUUUGGGGAAGCCAAGGCUGUUUAAAGUGGCAUAAUACUGCUUUAAGUGUAUAGUGCCGAAGGGUGUCCCCUUUCCUACUAAUACACACACAGACACCCAUGACACCCAUGCCAUUUUUGAAAAAUAUAAUGCUUUGUUAAUAAUUUUGCAAUUAUUGGAAUACUUGUAUUACUUAAAUACCCAUAUGGUCUAUUGUAUCAUAAUUUGUUUUGUUUUUUCUUCCUCUUUCAUAUUACUCUCUCACUAAAAACUUUUAAUAAAAAUAUUAUUAUUAUUUUUUAAAAAAACUCAACCACACACCUAUGCCACUAUUCCAGACCAUGUUUUAAAAUAUGCAUUCCCAGUGUUGUCAUGUACAACUGCCAGACCUGUAGCCACGAAUUUUGUGGUGAGAGAAUCUAAAGGCUGUGUGGUGUGUGUGUGUGUGUGUGAAUUUAUGCAGACAUACAGUCUAUAAGUCAUGACCAUAAGAACAACAGCACCCCAUGCAACAGCAAAUGUUUCUCAAUAUAUUAUUAUAUAUAGACUGCUUAAAAAUGCAGGAUAUAAAAUACAAAAUCUUUCAACGCAAUAAGGUGAUGUUUUUGUUAGAAGACAGAGAAGGACAUAGUUUGCCUCCUGUAAUGUGGACGAGGAAUACAAAUUGGUUUAAUUUUAGUAAUAUGCUGAAAGGUUUUGCAUUUAAAAAUUGCAUUUUGAUUAUGUACAAUAAUAUAUUGAGUAAAAUUUGCUGUUUCUUAAGCUCUCGGCUUACUUCAUAGGGUUGUUCACAUGUUGCAUUUGACAAUUCUGCAAGGGCUCUGGGUGAGCCAUCAAGGGGGAAGAGGAUGAGUACCAGAACUUGCAUAUGUCUAACUGGAGCUCAGGGAGAGAUUGACAGCCUCACAGUUGCUAGGAGAGCAUGCCUAUAUGGUUGUAUUCAGCAGUGGUACGUCUGUUAUACAGGCAGAAAUCAAGCUGCUUCCCACUAUUGUUGUGUGUGUUGGCAUGCUGAUUUUGCAAAAAGGUUAGGACUAGUGUUACAGAUGCUGCAACUGCCAUCACUUUCCAAGGACAACCCCCAUUUCUUAAUCCCUGUCCCUGGUAAUUCAGUCUCCAUUUUUUACUUUUCAGGCUGUCUUGUCAAAAUGUCAGCGUGAGUUGCGAGCAUUGCCAUUCUUUGCAGUUCAGCCACUUCUCCAGGGUCUCUAAACCUUGGAGUGGAGAGUGGACUUGUCUCAUCUUUGAUGCACAUGCAUAUUCAUUGACACAUGAAAACUAAGGUGUUAUGCAGUGCACACCCUCCAAUCUCAAACAGUGCAGUUGCUGUGGUGUAUUCUGAACUCUGCAGGAUCAGACCAAGUACCACCUAGUACAGCAUUUAUUUAUUUUUGUGCAAAUUCCAGAACUACGUGGUCCAGCGUAAACUAAUCAGCGGCCCACCAGUAGGCAGUCACCUACCUUCUGCCGUCCUCAGCACAGAGCUCUGGACUUAAACCAGUGAGUCUGCUGCUCUCACACAUUUUUUAAGCCUAGGAUCUGUCACUUUGAGGCAAUUCCAAACCUGGGCUGCAAAAACAGAAAGAGGUUGAAGGAUGCCUAAUGGCAGCUUAGCAACAUCAAUGGAGUACAGAUAACUCAAAACUUACGGACAAUUAACUUGUAUAUAUUCAGCUUUAUGCACUUGGCAAAUAAUAUAAUAAAAUGGGGGAGGAAAGGGGGAAACUGUCUGGGGCAAAAGACUUUUGGCAAUCCCAGCCACCAUCGAACCCAGUGCAUUUUGACUAAAUGUGAUUUUGCCUUUAGGCUCUAUCCCCAGGACGUAACCUUUGUGUAAGUUGAGAGUUGCCUGUAUUUAGUUGCUCUCUCUUGUGUGACUGAAAGCAUGGGCAUGUGGUAGUAUUCCUUCAUGUCCCAAGCCUUUUGUCUCCUUUUGGGGACAACUGGAGAUAGCUAAUAGCUCUGUUGCUGCCACUCUUUAGAUCUGCUGCCCUGCCUAUUCUGCAUUGAGGGGGAAUAUUAUUGAGGGAUGCUGCUGCUAAUAAUAAUAAUAAUACUAAUACUAAUACUAAUACUAAUACUAAUACUAAUAAUAUAUUAUACUUCACCCAUCUGACUGAGUUACCCCAGCCACUCUGGGCAGCUUCCAACAAAAAAUAAACAAAACAUCAGGGAAGAGGAGAAGAAUUCUGUCUCCUGCAUAGAUACAAAGAAGCCUGAAUGGAGCAUUAACCAUCAAUUUCCUAAUUAUUGUGAGGGGUAUCACAGAACAACUUCCUAACCAGUAGAAACCAUCUAUGUACCCCUUAACUUUUAUUAUUAACCCCCACAUUUGCAGUUGGACUGGGAGCUUUCUUUAAAGCAAACAAAUAAAGUUUAUCAGUACAGUGGUGCCCCGCAAGACGAAUGCCUCGCAAGAUGGAAAACCCGCUAGACGAAAGGGUUUUCCGUUUUUCAAUGCGCUUCGCAGGACGAAUUUCCCUAUGGGCUUGCUUCGCAAGACGAAAAUGUAUUGCGAGUCUUGACAUUUUUUUUCGCUCCCCCCCCUUUUUCUAAGCCGCUAAGCCUUUAAUAGCCUUUUAGCAGCUAAGCCACUAAGCCUUUAAUAGCCCCUAAACUGCUAAUAGCGCUAAUCCGCUAAGCCGCUAAUAGGGUUGCUUCGCAAGACGAAGAAACCGCUAGACGAAGAUACUCGCGGAACGGAUUAAUUUCGUCUUGCGAGGCACCACUGUAUGCAGAUUUCUGCAUACAGUGCCAAGUCCCAUGCUUAUGCUGAAUGCUAGAAUACACACAGGUCUUCACAGUCAUAAGUACUAGAUGCAUGCAUUGAUACAUAAUGAUCACCAGGAUGCUGAUUGAGGCAUGCAAUACCCAAUCCCACGCUUGUGCAAAAUACUAGAAUAUCAUGGUCUUGACUUCAGCUGUUCAUUUGGGGAUGAACAGGAAGAUAGAGACAUUUAAUCCUUUGUUUUUGCUCAAGAACUGAAAACAGCAAAGCCAACAUUUUACUGGGCACCAGUAUUUAAACACUUCUAAGCAGUGUGUUUGCAUGUUGGCAGCUUCAUUUGCUGAGAAUGAGAAGGGUUAGCAGCGCCCAGACCACAGUCACUUGCUGCUGCCACUUGAACGAUGUGGUGGCUGCUGUGAAGGAGAGAGGAGCCCUAAAGACGCAAGAUUCCAUCCACUUGGUUUCUUCCUCUUUUGUUUCCCUGCCUUCCGCAAGUUCCUUAAGGUUUUCUUUUCUACAAGCCGAUUCCCUGUAAGUGCUAAAGCUGCUCUUUCUCUCUCCCCCUUUUCUCUUUUUUUGCUGCAUUGUGUUAUGUGCCAAGAAUUUUUAUUAGCCCCCUUUUUGUGCUAGAAUGUGGUGGAAAUACAAAUGGAGCUGAAAAGCAGAAGUUACAUACACAGAUGAACAAAGCACCCAAAUGAACUAUCUCCUCAGGCAGUUGGGAUCCACCACUGUGGCUGAGUGGAUACCAAGGUCUGUGUGUUUGCAAGGUGCGAGUGAGGUUCAGUACAUCAAACUCUGAAGGUGUGAUUUAGUUGUGGCUUUGGCUAAUGUUAUGGAAAAUAAGGAAAGUGAGAUGGAGCUGGAAGGUGGCUAAUUAAAGGUGAGAGUGUUUGCUAAAAGAUAGUACUGAAUUCCAAAGAAGAAUAUUUUAGUCAAGAAUUGGUAUGGUCAAAUGAAAUGGGUUCUGUCUCAAUCAUGUUAGGAACAUAGGAAGGAGCGUACAGGCUGUGACUGUUUUAGGCACAUCUAAUAGGUGCAUGUCUGCGCACAAGCGCAUCGUGCUGAACCUGGAAGUGACCUGAAAAUGUUUGCAGGCUUUGUCAAUGGUGUUUCAAAUUUAUGCAAUUUCACUUAAAUGUGUGGUGCCUUGGUACGUAACUCCCACUUCAGUUGGAAGUUGCCUGUAUACCAAGUCAGACUGUCAAUACAGUAUUGUUCCCCCAGAGACAGUAGCUUUCCAGAUGCUCAGACAAGGGUUUCGCCUGUUCUGUGCUACCCAAGAUCAUUUUCACUGGAGAUACUAGGGAUUGGGCUCAUGCUUUAUUACUGAGGUAGGUCCAGGUUGUAAGUAUGUACAAAGAGCCUUGCUUCAUCAUGGCAUUCAAAGUGACCACCCAGAUGUCUAUGGGAAGCCCACAAGCAGAACAAGAAUACAACAGUGCUCUUGCCACUCAUGUUCUCCAGCAGUUGGUAUUCACAGCCAUGCCUGCCUCUGAUACUAGCAGGGGUCAGCAACCUUUUUCAGCCAUGGGCCGGUCCACCAUCCCUCAGACCUUGUGGUGGGCUGGACUAUUUUUUUUUUGGGGGGGGAAUGAACGAAUUCCUAUGCCCCACAAAUAACUCAGAGAUACAUUUUAAAUAAAAGGACACAUUCUACUCAUGUAAAAACACGCUGAUUCCCAGACCGUCUGCGGGCUGGAUUGAGAAGGCAAUUGGGCCGCAUCCAGCCCACGGACCUUAGAUUGCCUACCCCAGUACUAGAGGUUGUAAAAGGCCAUCCUGGCCAUUAGCUGUCGUUAGCCUUAUCCUCUAUGAAUUUAUUUUAAACCCCUUUUUCAAGCUAUCCAACUUGGUUGCUGUUACUGCAUCUUGUGGUGGCAAGAGGCUAACCCUGAUACGUGUAAUGAAGUUCAGGGUCCCCCUCCUUUUACCAAUUCUAUGACUGGCUAGCCAUUUAGGGUAGCUUGAUAAUUUCGCCCCUUUUUGUGACUGACGCAUGCAUUUACCCAGUCAAUGUGAGGGUAAUUGAAGUCACCCUUUACUACAACAUUUCCUCCCUUGGAUGCCUCCUUUAUUUAUGUGCUCUUUAUUGUUAAUACCAAGUAACAACAGGAUAAUACAUAUAGACAAUUGUUGGUGCUCCUUUUGGUUGCAUCUAGGAUGGAAAUCUCCAAGAGUUUGAUAGAGAUAUUAUUAGCACUUCAUUAGCAGAAAAUGAAAUGCAUAAUAGAUUAUUCAGAGGGUCAGGAAACUCAAUAGGCUUAUAGAGCUGUGAUGUUCACCUUUAACCUAUGUUCAUGAAGUUUUAUCAGGCAUUCACCCUCUAGGGACAUGUAAGUCCUUUAAAAAAAUGUGAUUGGAUCUCUUUGAUAAGUGCCAUGCAUGAACUAUUUAAUGUUCUCUUGUAUGUUCACUAAAACAUUGUGAGACUAUGUGAAUUCAAGAUCCAUGUUUGGGUUAUGGUUGUUGCUUUAUUGUUCAGAACACGGCAUUUUGGUCCAGGAGGGGUGGGGGGACAAUACAUCCACAGUACUAAAUUACCAUAAAGCUAUCCCAGAAGUCAGAACAGUGAGAGGGAUCGCUGCUUUCGCUGCGAAUAUUUUUUUCUUGUUUUCCUCCUCCAAAAACUAGGUGCGUCUUAUAGUCUGGUGCGUCUUAUAGAGCAAAAAAUACGGUACUUCCUAUGGCUUUUGGGGGGGAGGGGGGUCUAUAGCUGCUUUGUCAUGUGGAGUGAUAUCACUUCCAAUGUACCCUUUGCUGUCCUUCCUAGUAUAGAGCAUGUUAAAUAUAACAACUAGCUUUCAGGGGGCAUUUGGGCUGAUGGAUAAUUAGACAUUCAUACCCUCUUUUGCCCUGUUCCUUUGUGUUAGAAAAAAAAACCCUGAAUCAUUUUUUUAUUUGCAAAUUUAAAAAGUAAAAGAAAGGGGGAAAGGGAAAAAAGAAUUAAUAUAAAUAAAAUAUAGAUACAGCUACCACUACUACUAAUAAUAUACAGUAUCAGUUCACAUUAUGGAAACAAUAACUGUCAGUACACACAACUUAAAUUAAAUAGAUAAGUUAAUAUAAAGUCUCCAGAUGGCCAAAUAGGUUUCCAUGUGAGAUUGAUAUCUAUAUGCAAUAUGUUCAAAUGCCGCCAGGGCCCUGAGGUCCUCAGACCAAUGCAUGGACAGUGAAUGUUUAUCCUUCCAGGCUCAAAGUACUGUAUAAGUCCUUUAGCAAUCAUAAGAGCUCACAAAGUUAACUUUUGUUUUUCUGUUGUUAAUCCUCAUACUGUGGCCAAGUAGUAAAACAAGCAUCAUUUAGUCGCCCCUAAGUAACUGUGGCACAUCACCUGGCAUGAGUAAAUAUCUGGCUACAUGGUGAAUCUGAGCAGAAUUCUUGUUUAUAGCCCCUCUCAGACUGGUAGGUGCCUACAAACACCACUGCAGUUCUGUUGGAAAUCAAGUACAAAUCAACUAAAGUAUAAAAAGAGGAGCCAGCAAAAUUCAUUGCCUGGUGUGGAGUUUAUACUUGGAUAUCUCAUGUCGAGCAAGGUUUAAAGCACAAUGCCUUUUAGCGCUGGCAAUAGGAAGAAGAAAAUGCUGACUCCUACGCAGCCAGCCACGCAGGCUGAACGUGGUUUAAUUUAUUUCCCAUCGUAAUGUGUUUCCCUUCAGCUUUUUGUUCUGACAGCAGCAGCAGAAAUUCUGAACGACACCUAGCCUGUUGGAGGCUGAACUUCAACCUGUUAAAAUAAUAAUAGAAGUGGGGGCAGGGGAGAGAAACCCACUGCGAUAAAAACAGCCCUUUAAAAUGUCACUUUGCCAAUGUCUACUACUUGUUAUAGAAACGAGAGGUGUGUAUAUGGGAUUAAAAAUAGGCAGAAUCGCAGUUCUCCUGGAAAUCUACCCUACAAACCUAGGUAGUAGGUUUUAUGCCAAUUUAGCUGUUAAUGGAUUCCCUAGUGUCCUUGCAGGUAAUUCCUUUUCUACAUGCCUUAUAGUAGGGGUGGGGGAGCCUUUUUCAAGGGCUGCAUUCCUGCACGUGCAACUUCCCGGGGGCCACAUGUCAGUGGCAGUUGGGGCCAAAGGCAAAAGAUCAACGGGCACAACGCUUCCCUUUGUAUGGCAAGAAGACUGUAUUCUAGCCAUGCAAAAGUCAGAGAUUCUUAUACACCCCACCAUUUGCAAUCAGGUAAGCAGGAGGCACUGACACAAGACAUUCCUCCAGGCAGGAGCCCUUGAAAAAUGUGUGGAUCAGUUCUGGAGAGAGUCCUAAGGGCCUCAUAAAGAGCACUUGGGGGCCACAUUCAGCCCAUAGGGCUGAAGUUGCCUGUCUGUGGCUUACAUAAUCACAAUUCCAACAAUUUCCCUGGGAGAAGAAAUGAUUGCUGAACUACUUUAUCUGUGGUGUAGUUAUGCCCUCAAACACUAAUUGGUUUUCUUUUUUAAAAAAACCGCUGGCUGAAGUAGGAAUAUAAAACCACACCAGAGGCAUGUGUAUCUGACCAAAAGUAUUCAGGUAUACUUAGUUGUCUGCACCAAGCGGUCAUAUUCAACCAAUUACUACUAAUAAGAAAUCAAGUUCCCAGGAUUCUCUGUGCAGAGAGCAUGACUCUCGAGCCAUUAGAGAGCUGUGGUGUAGAUACGCCUGUUCCCAGGGCAUUGUCUGAAGGCACAUAAGACAAUCUUGCUGAAACUAAGCAGUUUCUGGGUCUGGUGACUAGAUGGAAGUGUGUUUUUGAUUUGAUUUGAUAUGAUGUGAUAUGAUAUGAUGUACUGUACUGUACUGUACUGUACAUUGUCCCAACCACUCAUACUACUGAUGAUAUAAUGGUCUUAAAUGAUGGCUAGAUUUUUUUUAUAACCCAGUCUGCAUCUGUACUGGCCCUGUUUUUAAGUGUUUUUAUAUAUGGAACAGUUUGUAAUUGUACUUACACUUCUUUUGUUUUAUAGUUGUUUUGUUUGUUUUAUAACUAUAUAUAAUUUUGUAGUGAACUCAACCUGGUAAGGGUAUUGGGAAGAAGUAAUAAUGAUAAUAAUAAUUUCUCUCUCUCUUACAUACUACAUAUAUUCCAAAUGGUUCAAUUGUUUUUAAUAGCAUUGUGUAUGAUUGCGCCUCUGCACCAAUAGUUGGCUUUUAUAUUUUUAAUUAUUUGUAGAUUGUUCCCCAGAAGAAGGAACCUGCCUUCUGAAAUGUGAUGAAAUGCAAUAAAUCUUCCAAGCUGGCAAUUUUGAGAACAAGUUUCUUCUCUGCAUUCUUCCUUGUAGUGUCGUUUAUCAAUAGGUCUUGGAGCUAAGCCUCAGCAAGUGAACAUUUCGGAUUGGGUGUAGCAGCUCAUGAUAGAUCACCUGCCCUUCUUUGUCUUUCUCUCUACAGAUCAGAGUGAGGGAUUUCAUUGCCGGGAAGAGUGCCGGAUCCUUGGCCAUUCUGACCGAUGCUGGAUGCCCCGGAACCCUGUGCCCAGCCGAGCAAAAUCCCCUGAGCAUGGAAGGAAUGUCGUGUCCCUCUCCAUAGAAGCUACCACUGUGGAUACAGAGCUUUACGAAGACUGUAGCACAAAGAGAACUUUUGCAACAUUUGGCAAAGAGGGGAGUGAACCUGUCUCCGAGGAGCGGGGCCCAGUCAACUCGAAAGGUAAAAGAACAGUGGAUCCGCCCAUCUGUAGCCCGAAGGUAAACGGUGCCGUCCGGGAGGCAGGGAAUGGUUGUGAAGCUGUCAGCCCCAUCAUGUCGCCUAUCCACCUGAAGAGCCCCUUGUCUGGCAAACCAUCAGUGUCCUACAACGUAAUGCACUGCCCAGGAAGUCGCGACCUGGAGCCGUUUGUAAACAAUGGCCCUUCUCGGCCCAUUGAGGCGGAGCCGAGGGGUGCAGACAGUGAAAAUAUCAUGCAUGAGAUUAACCCUCUUCUGCAAGAAUGUAGAGAGAAGGACUCACCUGGUGUGAAGAGGCUAAAGGACAUAGUACUCUAA